AUGUACCCUCAGGGAAGGCAUCCGGUAAGUACCUCCUCAUGCCUCUUUCUCCUCUCUCUGUCACUUUUUUCUCUCUAUCUUUCCAUCUUUUUUCCACUUUAGCUCUAUCACUUUUUAGUCUCUGUUUCACCUCGUUCCCCUUCUGUCCCUUUUUUGCACUGUCUCUGUCUUACUCCCCUCCUUCCUCCUUUCCCCCCCUUCCACUCUAUCUCUCCUCCGUCACUUACUUUUCAUCUUAAGUCUUCCUGUGGCUCAUCUUUCCUUUCCUCUGUCCAUCUUUGCAAGCCUGUCUCUGCUGUCCCUCUCUCUUGUUUAGUUAUAAGGACUGUUCUGUAACAUGAGCAGGGGGACAUGAAGGGAGGGGAGAGUGCUUGGGCUAAGAGAUUCUCUGUUAUGCACACACACACGCACAUGCGCGCACACACACUGUCAGCUGCAGCCAGGUGCCUUUGAGAUCCUGUUGAUGGUCAGCUCUGUUGGAGGCUUUUGACUGAAUCUGCACCUCUCCACUUGUGUGCACUCAUCGUCUUUAGGUGUGUGUUCAUGUGACAAUGAGCAUGUGCAGCGUGUGCGUGACCGUUUUGAUGGGUGUUUGCAUACGUGCAAAUUAAUCAACACAACUGUCAGCUGUCCAUUUUCUCGGUUCAGUUGCCGAGCGAAUGCUUGCGCACACACGCGCACACACAGGCAGGCUGUUUAAAUGAUAGUUUAAUUCCACUUAAUUCAUUUCCAUUAAAGCUAAAAAAGGUCACGAGUGCACCCAAAGUACAUCCCCUCUAAUUCCUCCUCAAAGUCCCUCUCCCUCCUUGAGUUUCAGCCGUCAUCAACAGUGAGAAUUUGCUGUUAAUUUACCUGCCAGGCUGAAAUAAAGGUUAAAUACAUAGAGUCAAAAAAAAAGGCCCAGAAGGAUGAAUGACAGCUUAGGCUCAGUCUGGCUUAGGCCAGUCGUUUCACAGGGGCCCUGGUCCGGUUGCUAUAAUCAGAUUUGGUUGUCAGUCUCUUUGUAUCUGCUACAAAUGGGUCAGUGGCUACUUUGCCUCGCAGCCAGCCAGCCUGCCAGCCAGCCAGCCAGCCAGCCAACCAACCACUCAGUCAUCCAGCCAGCCAACAAGCCAGCCAGCUAGCUAUCACACAGAAUUAUGAAUGACAUUUUCACAAGAGGAAGGCAUGAGGAAUCAAUUAUAUGUACAGAGAGAAUGCUAAUAAGCCAGCCGCUGCAAGAGGAGGGAGAGAGAGAAACAAGAGAGAAGUGAAAAACAAAGGAGAGAAAGUGAAAGAUGUAAGAGCCAAGAAAGGAAAAAAAGAGAGAAAAAGAAUUCUUUUAAAAGGCACGGCCGGGGGUGGAAAGAGAAAUGAAAAUGAAUGAGAGAUGCAAAGGAAGAAUAGAGUGUGAAAAUUCCUCUGUUCUCUCUUUUAGAGGCGAAUCACAGAGCCUCCUACUGUGAAGCUCUGCGUUUUUGAUAAAGUUCAAUCCCAGAUUGAGCCAACUUCAACCAAUCAAUAGCUCCUAUCGCCCCUUUCUAUCUCUCAUCCGUUUCUCCCUGGCUCUCUUUUUCCUCUUUCUCCUAUCCUUCAGUGAAACUUUAUUUCUGGUCUUGCUGUGAAAUAUGAUCUGCUGAGAGGUGUGAGGGUGUGUGUGUGUGUGUGUGUGAGCAGUUGUAGUGCGUGCAUGUGUGUGUUAGUGGUGUGAACCUACCCUUGUGUACAGUACAUUCAGAAACACACGAGUGUUUGUGUUUGCCUUCCCAAUUGCAAACAGUUAAAAUAUGAAGUUCAUCCAGUUUCUUAUCAGACAAUCUGCUUUCCCACUCAUAGAAUGUAACUCCUGUCAAAGUCCUCUAUGCCGGUGCUUUCAAGUUACAAAUACUUUAACAUCAUCAUGUGAAGCAAAAAUUGCCUAGUGGGGUUAACAGAAGGGUUUUAACUCAAGAUAAUUCAUUAAAAAAUACUGUGUGAAAUAUGUUUGAUUCCAUGUUAGCUGGUAGUUUUCAAAGUUGUGGUGGAUUUUUAACAAUCUGGACGUGCCGCAGUUUUACUCUGAUCAUGCUGGUUCAUGCCCAAGUGUUCAAUUCCCUGAAAAGUUAAGUUGUUCAGCGAUGAUUGAUUGACAGCUCUGUUGACAUAUUCGGGCUUCUGAAGUGUUAUGUAUGGAUGAACAGAGGCGGAAGGAGGAGAAACUGAAAUAAAAGCUAACACAAGAGUCAUGAAUGUCAGUUCUGCUGUGCACUGUAAUGAGUAGAGGGACCUUAGACAUCUGGAUCUGUAGAUUUUAAUCGAGUUUUGAUCAUAGACUAUAAAUAGAAUAGACGCUGUCUACCUCCUCGCUGGGUGAAGCCACCCCGAGAACAGCACAUUUUGGUGACAGGCUGCAGUAUAGGUCAUAAAUCCUACCUUCUCCAGCAAUCCCUAUGGAGCUGUGGACAAACUUUAGAAAUUUAUUACACAGAAUAUAAAUUUUUCUUCACCCCACUUGUAAUGUUGACAUGUAGUUACUGUAAGACUGGUUUGUGCUAAAGUCCUCUUUUUUUCUGUACAGCUCCACUUUUAAAAGUUUUUAGGGGGUUCAUGUUUUCUAUGAUUGACACUUGAUACAGCCUAUGGGCGUAUGAAGGUUGCAUAGCUCACCCUACUUUUUUUGAGUCGAGCGUCGAGUUUUUCGGAUUCAAAUUCGUAUAUUGGUUGAAGGUGGAACCAAGUUGUCCAUAGUAUAUAUAGUCUAUGGUUUUGAUCGGUGGAGGAGGUGUGAUGUAAUUCCUGCCGCUCAGCCAGUGUGAUCACCUCUGCUCUUGCUGUUGUUUAAUCAGUGCAAUUAAUCAGCGACCAACAUGGUGAUAUUUUUCUAGAGUGGGAUUAAAAGUACAGUUUGUAAAAAUGGGAAUGUUUAACAAUAUCUGUCCGUCAGAUUCUCGAUAAAAAUCCUCCCUUGCAUGAUUCAUAAUAAACAUGACCUUCAAUUUGUCAAAUUCUACCAAAAUUGUCUAUCAAUAUAAAUUCUUUGCAUUCAACAUCCUCUCUAAUCUUCAUCUUCCAACCAGCAGCUACUUCCUAAAUAAAAAUGCAUCACUACCUUGUCCAAUCUUUGCUACAGUAGAAAUAUAGCAGAGCAAGUCUUUCCUGCCAAAAUCACGCUAAGUAGUACACACUGGACCUUUAACGGUCACACAUCAUUCAUUACAACCAGACUGGGCAGAUAUCACGCAGAACAGCUGGAAAACAUCAUAAGAGUUACCAGAAACGGUUUCAUCUAUAAAACAUGAUCCAGUUUGACCAUGAUCAAUAAAUGAAAUACAUCAAGUUUUGUUUGUUGUAUAAUAAUCAGUAAGAGCAGUGCCACAGAAAUACUUGUAUAACAGCUUUAAAAAAUGACUUUGGGGCGCACAGAUGGCUGAGCAGGUAAGCACACCCCACUUAUGGGGACAACAGUUCCCGCGGCAGUUGCGGGUUUGAGUCUGGCUCCGACCAUGUGCUGCAUGUCUUUCCCCAUCUUUCUCUCUGUCUCCCCAUUUUUCCACUUUGUCCGAUCAAUAAAGGUGAAAAAUUGCUUAAAAAAAUGACAUUGACUGCAAUAUUAAUUUUUUUGGUCCGAACUUGGCUAACAGCAAGCCUCCUCCAAAUUGCAAGGAAAUGACUCAGAAGUAUAAGAAAUAUUAAAAAGAAUUUAUUUGACCCCCUUUAAACAGGCUUUGACACUAUUCCUUCAGUAUUAUUGUUAUUGCCUUUGUGUCAGUCAAAUAUUAUAGUCCUGUCAGUCAUUCACAGUCGAGCACAGAGCUGGGCUAAAAAACCUCCCCUCUUAAACCUUCAGCAUCCCUUCAGGAACGAUGAGGAAGGUGUUUUCAGCAUAAAUAGAAAAAAAUCCCCAGCAGUUGUGAUUCUCUUUACUGGAGCAGUCGACUUUGUUCUCCUCGCGCCCUGACAGGAAAAGGUUAAAACCCAGGGCUGAUUUGCCAAGUGAGCGAGCUGUAAUUGGUUCCACUGGAUUUUUGUGGCAAGCUUUAUCAGAACUCUGUACGUGUGUGUGUGCGUGCGCGUGUGUGUUUGUGUGAGUAUGUCUGUUUUUACUGGAUUCCUGUUCAUGUUGCCUCGUUUCUUGAGUGAUUUUUGAGAGUAUACAUGUCUGUAUUUACAGUGUGUGUUGCUGUGCUUGUUUGGCCAGAUGUGGGUUAAGGUGUGCUGCCAUCACGUAUCUCCCCUGUGUGGGUUCAUGUGCGCAUUGGUUGGAAAGUGAUUCAUGUUGUUGUAAAUAUAUAUUUUAGAGUACUGUGUUUGUGUUUGCGUGCAUUGUGUUAGAGUUUGUAUUUGUCCUUGCUUUCCCGGUAGAGUGCUCGUGUCUGUGAUUUUAGCUCUUAAAGUAUGUGUGUGUGUGUGUGUGUGUGUGUGUGUGUGUGUGUGUGUGUGUGUGUGUGUGUGUGUGUGUCAGCAACAAUAACAAUAAAUAAUGUUGCAGUUCGACCUCGACGGUUGCUGUGAAUGUACAGGCUCUUGAUUGGCUGCCAAAGAGGAGGAUGAUUUACUCUCAGUUUAGAAAGAUAUCUUUAAAGUCUGUCCUGCAACCAUCUCUGGUCAGAUCUAAGACUCGCUCUUAUUCAAACACAUUUGAGUUUACAUUUUUUGGGGGGCUUUUCUUCUUUGAUUUAGAGAGGACAGGACAGUGGACAGAGCAGCAAACACAGAGCAGGGGGAGUGACAUGCAGGAAAGAAGCCAUGGUCUGGAAGGGAAAAGGGGCCGGCUGCAUAAGGCAGGCCAGGCAAGCCCCCAGACAUUUAAGCCUCACAUUUACUUAAAGCAUUGAUUUAUCUAUGUACCACCAACACAUUUAUACCUACAAAUCCAUAACUUGAAGUUUCACCCUGGUUGUGUAUUUGCCUAAACUAGGAGUUGUCCCCAAACUCGAGGAUAACUUGUAGUUGGACUUGUAGUAACUCUGUAGUUUAGAGUCUGCAGGCUGGUCAGUUUUAUCAGCAGGUGCACCCUAAGGAGGGAAUAACUAGGAGAGAUUGUCUUCAGAUUAUAGCUAAAAGUUUGACAUACUGUCCCUUGACUGCAAGAGAAAUAUUUUAUGAAAUAAUAAUAAAUACAUAACUAAACAUGCUCUGAACAUCAUUAUUACAUUGUGUAAACCCGUCGUGCCUCUUGGAUCAAUGGAAUUGCUUCCAAUAAGUUUAGUAUAAACCUGAUGGCCAAUACUUUAGACCACUAGCUUUAAAGUUUAAUAGAUGGAAACUUAAUUUUGACCAAUCAACUAAAGAUAGGAGAACAGAAAAAAAUCAAAGCUGUGUAGAAUUUUGAUGGUUUGUUGGCCAAUAAUGUAAAAAUGCAGAGUUAGCACCAUCAGCCUUCAACCAUGCUUGCAGGUUAACAUCCACAUGCCUAUGCUUGAUACACCUUUGUUUACUUGAGUGGCUAUAAACCAGUUUAUCCUGACAAAGCCUACAAACGUCUUUAUCUCCUUUUUUUUAAAAGAUCAAAAUACUGCUAAACCCUGCUGCUCUCUGAGGCGCCAUCUGUCCUCUGAGCUUGUCUACAUCAGGUAGUAGAGCAUUAUGACAGGACAGCAGUCGUCACCAACCCAGACAGAUUCUGCCGUUUGAUGCAGAAUCUGAAAAUAGAGGUGAAAAAAUAGAUUUUCUUGCUCCGUUUGGAAAUAUAUCUCAUCAGAAAUAGUAUUUGUUGACUUGUUAUCAGAAAUGUGUGAAAGAGAAGAAGGCAUGUCAGAAAAUCGUUACAACCACGGUGUGUAAUCAAGUCUGUGUGUGCAUUGUGAGCGCCUCCUCUCCUCUGGCCAUUAGUAGGGUUACACUUAAAUUUUACAGCCAAGUAAACAAACUGGUGCCAAAUAUGUGGCCACAGGAAUCACAUAUGCUCCGUUUAUGAGGGCAGAGUUACAUCAAGUGUGUUCGUGUGUUUCUCCAAGUUGAUUUUUAUAUUGGUGUGUGUGUUUUUGUUAAUGCUCAUGGCGUUGCAUCUGUAGUUAAUCAUCAGUCCAUGCUGUAUUGGCUAAGCUCACAAUAAACUUUAUUUUUAUCUUCUGGUGGUGUCAGGCCGUUUGUUUUCUUCCAAAAUUUAUAGCUGUAAUGAAAGCCAUGUAUGGUAAACAGCACUGGCGAUUUUUUUGUCACCUCCCACAGAUGACAUUCUCCCCUCCUUUCUUCGGUCCUCAUCUUGUUUACAUUUAAUUUCAUCCAGAAUUUCGGAGGCAACCCCCCCAUUAAACGGCUAAAGGACAAGCAACAACAAAACAGCUGCAGCGAGACAGCCAUCAGGACAAGCAAAAAGUCGUACAAGCCACAGAGAACUUCAUCCUCAGCCUUACAGAUUAAGUCGGCACCCUGAUUAAAAAAAAACAGCCCAUUUUCUACCCGUAAAUCGUGUGCUCUGUGUUCUUUGUCAUUAAAAGAAAUGAUCAGAGAGAGGCUUGGAUGGGGUCCAGAGACUCUUUUGGCUGCCAAUCUUUGUUUGAUUUGUAAUCCACCGCUGGCUUAGUAACUGACUGGUGAGCUGCAGUAUUAACUGACUAGCUCUGUGGAGGACUGACUGAUUAACUAGUAGGCUGACUGGCUGGUGAACUUUUAGCCCAGUUGUUUGUUUAGCACAGCUUUAAGGUCACUAGCCAUUUUUAUGAUGGGAUGCUCGCAGUAAGUCUAGCUCGAGUUCUCAAAGCCUUUAAGUUGUCAGUGUUUAGAAAAAAACUUGUCAGAAAGUGAAAGAAAAUGUGAGUGCUUCAUCAAAAGAUGGCUGGAAAAGUUAGUUAUAUUCCCUCUCUUCCCUGCAGCUCUUCUUCAGCCUGCCGUCCAAACCAGUGAGCUGUUGCUUAUGUUCUCUGCUGCUCACUUCAGCAGACACAAACACACACAGACGUGUACACAUGGGGGGCUCUGACACUCCUCUGCCACACUUGGUAUUUCUCAUCUAUUCAUGUGCGUUUUUCCUAAAUAUUUCACCAGCCAAUUAUUAUUUCAUGCGCUAUCUGAAUGUGUCUCUGCUUGUCUCAGAGACACUUGGGUGAAAGGAAGAACAAAGGGGCUAAGAAGGAAAGGAAAGAAUGAAAGGAGAAGAAGGGAGGGAGGGAGGAAUCCAAGAGAAAGGGCACGAGGAAGAGAAAGUGUUUUGUUUGAAGGCACUAUGAAUGUGUCCAUGCAUAGGCAUGCCUGCUUAAACCGUGUGAACGCUCAUGUGUUGGAAGAAAGUGUGCCAGGGGCUUAAGAGAGACAGAAAAUACAGGCAGAAAGAAACAUCUCUUCUGAAUCAGUCUGAAUCAGGGCUACGUCUGAGUGUUUUUAUUCUUGAAUGGAAUUCAGAAAGAAAACAGUUUCCAUCCAGAUGCACAGAAUUUCACAACUAAUGUGUCUUUGUCUGAAUAUUUAAAUGCAUACUACAAAACCAUUUAUGUGAGGUGGACAGAUGAAUGCUGCUGUUAAGAAGCAUAAAAGAGGUCCACUCAAUUACAAUGCAGGCAAAUACCUGUCGUACACCAGGUCAUCCUGCUCGUAUAGGAAAGCCCCUCUCUGUCCAGGUAGCAAAAGCUUCAGUGUGACCUGCAUUGACAACAUGGCUUAUUAAAACACAAAUCAGGGGAAAUAAGAUUGAAUUAGUGAUAAAUACUAAUUGUAUCUGUAAUCAUUACUCUUCAACUAUAAAGGCUGUCAUAGCUUUUGCCCUCUAGGUUAAGGUUGUAUUUUUCAUUAGAGAAUUAUCGUUAAAUCUGGAAUAAAAGUUGCGGUAUAUGAGACGUAGUCUGUUUUCAGAGGUCUGCCAGAGGCUAAAAGUUUUAAACUGUCUUCCUGAGUUCCUUACUGUUCAUUUCCACAACAUGUAAUUUUUGUGCAAUCUUUCUGAUCCAUCUGUUUUUACCAUCUCAACUUUGCAAUCCCUCUCACACCGAGCUACUGCUAGUUUGCUAUGAAGUACAGACCCACUGCCUGCCCCGUACUUCUAACUUUUCAGGUGUCUUAAUAGGAAUUAAACUGUAUCUUAUCCACAGAACAAUUUACAGUUUUACAGAACAAUGUUGCUGCUGCUGGCUGUAAGUCUUUGUGUCAUGUUAACAGAUCUCCUGGCCCCUCUUUGUUGUGUAAUGUUGUAGUUAGGGCAGGGCGAUUAAAUGAUAACAUUAUACAUCGCAUAUCAAUAUGAAACAUGGUCAAUAUGCUUUUCGAUAGUCGGCAUUCUGCCAUGUUUUGUUAGACUACACGAAUAGCUGAUGAAAAGGGGAGUUGCUGCGCUGAACCAAAGUGUGCUAAAUUAGAAUCAAGUAGCAAACAACUGUGUAGUAGCAGGCUGCAGCUACACGUAGUCAUAGCACUUUAACCUGUGAAGCCGACAGCACUGUUGGUGAUAAAAAAAGAAAAUGAGUGCCACCCCCAAUAGAAAUGCUCAACAGAUGAAGAUAUCGUCGACAACACUGGCACGAAAACGUGUAGAGUAAUGUGCACUGCAAAUUAUGUCAAGUACAUGUUAAAUUUAAUUUAAGAGUAACAGGGAAUAUUUAAGAUUGACAAGUGAAUUUUUUAUAUUGUGAUACAUAUCGAUAUCGAUUGAUAUGAAAAAAAUAUAUUGUGAUAAACUUUUUCCUGUUUCGCCCAGCCCCAGCUGUAGUGAAUACACUCACAAAUUGCCCUGAUUCUGCCUUCCAAAACUGUUGCACCACAUGCAGGGCUUUUAAUUCAGCUAAACAUUGAAUUAGAGUUAUGAAGAUCUUGCUCCAUACACUUUUAGGUAAAAAUACCAUAAUAAAAUGCUAAUAUUUGUUAAACUGCAGCUGCUGGAAUAGAAAACAAGUUAGGAUCAGCUGAAAAAUGUUACUCACAUUAGGUGCUGCAAGUCAGGUCAUUUGAUUUCUAUAGAUUGUUUUAGAUUAGAUUAGAUAGACUUUAUUGAUCCUUUUUGUGAAGGUUCCCUCAAGAGUAUGUUAGAGGGUGUUUGGGCUGUUAGUUCCAAUAGUCUCUCUUCCUGUAUGGUACACCAAUAUGCACCCUCAGUAUUUUGGUAUUUAAAGGUGGUCCACAGCAUUUUCAAAAGACUCUGUUUUAGGACUUUAGGACUGAUAGUGUGGACACUCAGACGUAGUAACGCACAACAUAAUAGUGUGGAUGUAGAUCCAGACCACAUCUGUCUCGCAGUUGCUGUCUCAUUCAUGCAGCUCUUGCCAGUUGAGAAACAGGCAGCUGCUGUAAUAGAAAAACAUUACUGUGAUCUCCGUACAGACAGACAGGCAGAGAGACUGACACAGGGACAGAUGGAACCAGAUUGACCUAAUAAUCUGACUGGAUGAAAAAAAAAAAAAAAAACUAAAAAUAAGUCAUGGGAUGAAAUCAAACUGCAAGAUGGUUACAAAGUCUUUUGGGGAUGCUAAUUGGGGCAAAGAGGGGAUGAGGUAACAUUAGAAAUAUGGGAUAAGCGGGCUAAAAUUAAAGCAGUGCACUCUACAGGACUUCAAACUUUUAUGGACCGGAAAAAAGAGGCAAAACUUGUGACUGACAGACUGACAGGUGAUGAUUACAGCCAGUGUGUCCCAUCUUCAUCCUGUUAUGUGAUACAGCACGAUGGGCUUCAACUGCCACUCCUCUCCAAUCUCCACCCCCACCCAUCACCACCACCAUAGAUAAUCCCUCCUAAUUCUCUGCUGGCUCGUGCCAGCUCGACCAAAUUGUGAUUGACUUCUGUCCCACAUGGAGUCUAUGCUGUGUGUGUUUGUUUGUGCACAAGUGACCCCUCCCUAUACCCCCUCCUCCACCUCCACACCUCCACCUCCUAGAUUAACUGGAUCAGUUUUGGGUUUCAGGAUCCCCUCUGCUGGCUGCUACGGUGCUUACACUCAUGCGUGCGCACACACACACACACACACACACACACAGGCAUAAAAACACAGGCGCUAGGCUGUUUUUUUGGCCCCUUUCGUGAUACGCUGUUGGACCCCUAACAGUCUGAGCUGCCAUCUGUCAUGAUACAGGAGAGACCAGAUACAUACGCACACUCAAACAACAAAUGUUUGUCCUGGUGUGCGUAUGGCUUGACUCGAGGAUACUUCUGUAAACACUAUUGAGGGAAGGACACUCAUCCCCUUGUUCAAAUAACAUCUAACUGAAUCCCAUGACUCGGAUGAGUAAUUUGUGCGUCGCCAUCUUGAAUAGUAGCCGUUACUUCUGUCUAAGAUGGCUUGAUUAAGAACAGCUGCUGAAGAGGGGACCUUCAUCAGAUGAUUGGAGCGUUAUUUGGAGUUAUCAUAUCAGACAUGACUUACAAAAUAGUACAGUAGUAGUACAAAGUACAUAGUAAUACAAAAAUAGUCUGAUUUACAUGUGGAGAAGCACAGAAAAGAAUUGUUCUACUUUACUUGUGCUGAAGUUAAAUAUAAUGUAACGUUAUUCUACCAUGCUAGAUAAGUAAGUCAAUUAACAGCUGCUUUUAAUCAUUGUAGGCUAGUUUUUGCAUAUACAAUAAAUAUAUAUUAAAUCGUUACCUCCUUUCAUUAUGUAUUCUUUGAUAUGCUAGUGCACCUGUGCUGUAAUGAGUACAUGCACCUCCUUGGUUGGCCUGCUAGCUAGUGAAAGAACAAUAUUUACGAGGUCAUUUAAGCAAUCGUCUCGCAAUGAACAACAAAGGAAGUUCCAAAGAAAGCAGCGAAACUACUACUAUUAAUAUUAAUCUGAAUCUCUAAGUUUCUGCUCCCAUACCAGGGGACUCUUUAUGAAGUCUUGUGUAAAGUUAAAGUUUGUUGUUAAAGAUUUAGCAGCUGAAACUUCACAACUUCUUACACAUGCAAUCUAGUCAAGUUACAGUAAGUAAAAGUAGACACUUAACACUUAGAGUCUUACGUGCAGAUGUUUAAGAGAUUUCGGUAAAUUACAGUAGUUCAUCAGUUAGAUCUGAAGGUGUCCAAAUCUGCAAAAUGAGUCUCCUCUUUUUUUCCAAUGAGCAAAAUCUGAUUUAAGUGGGACUCUUCUUACUCGACGGGCACAGCUUAAGCACACACAGAAUAUUUCUGCUUUUGCCUGGAGACCUUUAAACUUUCCGUGUGUGUAUGCGUGUGCGUACUUUUUCAUUUCCUUCUUGCUUGUAAGAAGUUUUAUUGCUCCGGGAUCCAUGAAACUCAUUCAAGAAGGUGUAGCUGGCGAAUCAAAAGAAAGUUAUUCCUGAGUUUAAGCCCAACAGAUGAAAGAAAUUCAAAUCUCUCAUCGGCACAGUGCAGAGGUCGCAUUGUUGACACCGACGGCUGCCACGCGCAGAUCUCUUGUAUAAUCCUGAUCUGUGACUAUGGGCUUUGUUAUAUGACUUAGUGCUGCUGAUGUAACUGGCCAGCAGCACUGAGUGUGUGUGUGUGUGUGUGUGUGUGUGUGUGUGUGUGUUUAUGUGUGUCUGCAUGUGUCUGUGUGCAUGUGUUCGCGGCAGCAGAUGGUGGGAGCAGUAUUAGCACAGAGCGAUGGACGUUGCACAGUGUGGAGCGACCAGGCUGUGUUGACUACAGCUAGUCUCUCUCUCUCUCUCUCUCUCUCUCUUACUCACUCACUCACUCCUUCUCUCUCCGUCUUCUCCCCCAUCCCCUCGGUGUCAGACGGAUGAAUGGCUGGCUAUCUCUCUCAGUCAGCAGCCACGCCGCUCUUUCAUCAUCUGUCUCUCUGCUCAUUCUUUCAUUCCUCUGUGAGGAUGUCAGAGUAGUCUAUCACUUCCUCCAUCCCUCGGUCCAUCCAUCCUUCCGUCUGACAGACAACUAUCUAUCUCCCUUCCACCUCUUUUCCGCCCUCGUCAAUCCAUCCCCUCCAUCUCCUCUCUCUCUCCCUCCUACUCUCUGUUUGUGUGUUCUCUGUGUGUUUGUGUAUGUGCAGCAGUGUGUGUUGUUUGUUUGUUUGUGUGUGUUUUUCCAAUACGCUCGUGGCUCUUUUGGUGUGUGCUUUGGUGUCUGCAUGUGCCAGAUCAGUAUCCACCCCCCAACCCCCCCCCCCCCCCUCACUGAGUGUGUGUGGUGUGAAUCAAGGUCAGCAGGGAUCUGUUGGCAGACACCCACUCAUCCCAUCCAUCCCACACACCUCCUCCCACACACACACACACACACACACACACCCAUACAUCAAGGAGGUUUGUGUGUUCUGCCCAUCCAGCUAUCUAGAUGUCGCUGCUAUGCCUGCCUCAGCUCAGUUUAGCACGGCUCAGCCUGGCUCGGCUCUGCUUGUGGAUUAAUUACCAGGGAACCCACCGUGUCUCUGACCUCCACCGUUGGACUAAUUGAAAUCUAAUUGAAUUGUGCUUGUCUAGACUAAUGAAGCCCUGCCAUUGAAACCGCCAAUCUUUUAGCUGUAGCUGUGAACCGAUAGCCACCCUGCAGCAUCCAUCAGUUCGCAGGGAUGGAGUAGAUGGGUGGAUGACAAAACAGAGGAGAAGCAUGCAGGCAGAUGGCUGGAUUACUAGAUGUUUAUAGUUGUGGUUUUGCUUAUUAGACAGUCAAACUCUAUAUAGUUUGUGAUUUGGGGUACCUGUCUAAGGCUGUUGGUAUUAUCAUAGAAAUAUAUUCUGAGAUACAUCAGUCGAGGAAUUAAGCCCAAUAUUGACAUUUUAAUAUAGUUCAGAGUGUUUACAAACAUACCUAGAUAAUGACGUUGGGAUUGAUUUUCUCUGUCUUAUAUACAGCUCAAUCAAACUAAGCAUUCUGCACAUGCUCCAGUGUUUUGAGCUGUCAAUGAAAUAUAGCAUGGAUGCAAUAUAGGAAGCCAGAAAACAAAACCGUCACAGAUGGAGAAAGAACAUAAAAAAAAGAAGAAACUCUCCUCUCGUAAAACAAACAGUACAGAACUAAAUUAUAAUGAGGUUUUCCCUCUCUGAAUGACAAUAUAUCAAAUCUUGAACAAAUACUUGGCUUGUGUUUCAUAUUAUAUUCUGUCAUGAUGUGUGGAAAAAAUACAGUUCAGUGGUGUUGCUUCCGACUUCAAUAUCCAUCAUGUUCUGAAACAACAACAAUGUGAUAUUGCAUUACAUACCGACCAUUGGUCAACCUGUUUCCCAAAUUCAGCAUCAGCCACUGCAAGACAAUAUCUUAACCUCUUUUCGUUCUUCUCAAUCAAAUUUUAUUUAUAUAGCGCCAAUUUCACAACAGUCAUCUCAAGACGCUUUUCAAAGAACAAGAGCAGGUCUAGACCACGCUCGUUGUUUGAUGAAUUAUCAAGACCCAACCUAAGAUGGGUUUUGGCCCAUCUCAUCUAACAUGAGUAAUAGUGGCAAGGAAAAACUUCCUUUUAACAGGCAGAAACCUUGGGUAGGACCAGACUCAUGCCAGACAGGGUGUGGGAGGAAUACAGAGAGAUAGAGGGAGAGAAGUGGAGAGAGGGAAGAAGAGAGAAUGAGUGAGGGGGAGGGAGGGAGGGAGAAUAGAGAACAAGGGUGAGAGAGAGACAGGGGACAGCAGCAACAUUAAAACAAUAGCAACAACAACAACAGCUCAUGUGUCAUUCUUCUGUGUUUGUCAGGAACAAUUCAGGGUGGAAAGAAACUUUAUUUCCCUAAAUCCAGUAAUAUGAUACCUGGAAGCUUAAAUACAGUUACAUACGCAAGUUUUCUCUACACUUUGUGAUUUUUUUUUAUUUUUUAUGUGCUGUUUGUUGGCCAUCACUUUGGGUUGAGGUUUCAGUGGUCCAGCAUGUCAGUUCAACAAGUUCUACUUAUGGAAACUGUACGUGUUAUUGGCAGGGUGUGUUAUUGCCUGAUGUUCUUGUUUGUGCAUGAGCAGCGUCAGAAGGCUGUUGCAGAGGGAGGGAGUGAGGUGGAGGGGGUAUCCAGGCAGGAUGGUGUGAACCUCAGUACUCUUGUUGUGGCUGAUUUUUGACAGGUGAGAAGAAGUGGCUGAGAAGAAGUGUCAGAGACACCUGGCAGUCAGAAUCCUCCCCAGGGUAUCAGCGGGAGAUACACAUUUCAGGGUAAACUAGACAGUUGAAAUGGGAGAAAAAAGGAGAAGAAUGCAGAUACCAAGGCAUCUCCUUGCAUCAAAAUCUCCCAUGGGAAUCCACAACCAAUUUUUUUUACUGUAGAUUUUUUCUGACGACAGACUUAAACUACGAGAACAUUCAAAAACAUCCACAGUGCCCUUGUUUCUAAAACUUCAUGAGGACCACAGAGGAGGAAGACAGAUGUCAAACGUGCUUUAAACAGACACAGGGAGCUGGUGGGUGGUGGUGGACCCCAGGGAGAUGCUUGUUUUGUUGGGCCUUCUUUGGCUUUUAGCAGGUGAGAGACGCUGCCAUGAUUCACUAUAAGUUAUUCAUUUGACGUUUCCUCCCUUCUCAGCUCUUUGUAGGCUGGAAUACAUUAGCAACCUGGCAAAGAGGAGAGGAUGCUAAUGUGAAAGAGAGGGAGAGGGAGAGGAGAGGAAGAAAGGAUUGGGCAGAGGAGGGAAGGAGGCAGAGUCAUUAGAGGAGGAGGAGAACAGAGAGAGGGAGAGGGAGGACAUGGCUUUAUGAUGUGUGGGAAGGGGAAGUGACCUUCCCUCUCACUUUCAUCUUGGCUUUUUUCUCCUCGCUGUGCUCCCUGACACACACUAAAACACACACACAUGCACUCGCGUACAUUGCUUACAUGCACGCACACAUGCACACGUGCCUACAAUACAGUCUCCUUUUCGCAAGCAGGAGCACACACACACACACAUCCUCACACAUAGACACCCACAGACACACAUAUCUCGGCCAAUGUUUCAUCCUUUCUUUCUCUACUCUCCCUCUCUUUUCCUGCGUAGGUCCCCUUGCAGCCCGGCCAGUCUUUUAAGUUCACAGUCCUGGAAACUCUGGACCGAAUCAAGGAGGAGUUCCAGUUCCUCCAGGCUCAGUAUCACAGGUAAAUACAAUAUUAUAUAGCAGUCUUGACACAUACAGUAUGCAUACACAUACCAUGCAUGCACAUAUCACGCAUACAAGCCUACAUUUCCCAUGCAUUUGUAAAGAUAAGGCACAACAUUUAAGCCUUCUGUUGCUAUAGUCCACUUUUUCUCUAAUGAGAGGUAUGGAUGUAAAUGGAUUAAGGAAUCAGUAACCCAACUUAUUCAUUCUGUAGGUGCUCAAUUUUUAAACGUAUCCAUGCUUAUCUGACAGUGCAAAAAUGCUGUCUGAAUUUGUGAACUACACUGCGGGCCUGAUUAACUGAAUCAUUGUUUGGCUUUUCGUGCCCACCUGUGUCACUGAGACAAAAAACAAUUCACAAAACACAUGCAAAGGGUUAAAUUCACUAAAAACAUCCCUGCUGAAUUGUAUCAUCUCCACACUCAAGUGCUUUUUGCACCAAAUGUCCACUUCACAAACACCACCAUUUAUUACCACAUGCGGUAAGAGUGAAAAUAUUACCCUCUGCCUCAGAGUUGGCAAUAACUGUGCCGCAGUACUUAUAAGGGAUGUUAAGUUCUGACUUUCUGCCGAUCAUGACUCUGAUCCCAACUCUGGAUGAUCUUAGAAUAAUAUACCGCCACAUUAAGUGCAAGCGAGGCAGGGAUGAGAUUUAUUAUAUUAUGAGCUGACGCAAGCAAGGUAGGGAUGAGAUUUAUUAUAUUAUGAACUGACGCAUCACACUUAUACGCAAAACUAGUCCGUGGCUCAUUAUCAAGCCCUUAUGUUGACAAGUUUGGGCUCAGCUAGAAUAAGAGUGUGCAGACCAGAGUGGAGAUGCUGAUGGCUCAUUUUCACAAUUAGACACAAAACAAGAGCAGACUGCAUGGAGGUGUAAAACAAUGCGGUAUGCUUGCGUAUGAGUAUAAUUAGCAAAAUAUAUAGUUAAACUGGACCUCCAGACAGAGCAGAUAGUGACAGUGUGCAAUUUCUGUUAAAGAGGCGGCAUUUUGCAUUUUUAUCAGACUCUAUACCUUUUCAUAACUUAUUCAUAGCCUUACAUGAUUUAAAAAAGGCUACUGUUUCUCACACUGGUGUAGUAAAAUGUCAUUAUCUCAGCCUCCGUCACCUCACACAUUGCUGGAGGCACAGAGGAACCAGACUUAUUGUAAUGACCUCAUUAGUUUAGUGAGUCUCGGAGAUGCUUGGUGAGAUCUCGUGUGAUUUCCCAGCGAACUGUUCUGGGCAGGUUACAUCUACUUUCUAGGAUUAUUUCAACAUGCAUUUACCUCGCAUUCUAAGAUUUGCAUACAUCUAGUCUGGACAUCAAACAUCAAAUGUUGAAAAUCAUAAUACUGCCCCUUCAAUAAAUUCCUCCCUUAAUGUACAAAAACUUGAGGUAGUUAGGCAAACAAAUAAGAUGUGAAUUCACUUUAAUGAAGUGCCUUAAAAUUCCUUCAAUGUUUAGUGUCCUUCUGGGUGUAGACAAUGUAGACAUUGCGUCACCUGAAAAAAUGCAAUGCUUUUUUAGUUACAGACGCUUGAGGUAGUUAAGCGAACAAAUAAGACGUGAAUUGAUUUCAAUGAAGUGCCUCAAAAUUCCUUCAAUGUUUAGUGUCCUUCUGGGUGUAGACAUUUCAAGUUUCUUUCAGUCUGUUCAUAAAAAUACACGUCAUCCUAUCUAAAACUUUUUCUGUGUGUUUCUAUCUUUUACAUACUUUUAAGGCCGCUGAUGGUCACAUUGUCUGGCUGUCUAGAAGUGACCUUGGUUCAGAAAGAAAAAACUGCCAUAGGUUAAAACAUCCAGCGUUUUGCUCACACCUCAGUGGGCUGACUGAACAGCUUGCUGAGACACAGCAACACUACUUUCCUGAUGAAGCUCAGAGACCAACACUUUGUAGUAACACACACACAAAGAUACAAGUAUAGUUAAAUAUCUAAUGAAUACACUACACACUCUAUCAAAUACACUUGAUUUAAUUUCUGCAUAAUUGGCAGCAUUUACACAACAAUAAUUGCUGCCAAUUACCAACAUGACACAAGGGCUUUCUGUAUUUGUUGCCUGUCUGAUUUGUAUCAAUGUCAGCAUGACUUAUUUCAAGGAUUGGACUGCUAUGUAGCUGUUAAACACAUAAGCUUCCCUCCAGCUCAACGAGACAGUUUGAAUAAGUAAAAAAAAAAUAAAUGUGAACAACGCAGACUCAGAAAAGUCUUUUAAGAAGCUUUUAUUUAAGGAAGAUUUGUCUGUACGUUAUCUUUAUUGACUUGUUCAAUUAAUUCUGUUUUUCAAAGAAUGAGAAAUAACUAAACCUGCGUAACUUGACAGGACAAAAUGCCACAGUCCUGAUUUAAUACUUUGUCAGGUCUUCAUGGGCUCAGCCGUAGAACUCUUUUCACACCAAUGUAGAGCGCACCCCAACACAUGGAGAUGUGAUGAAUUGCAGUGCGGAGUAGGACACAGCCCGCGUACAGUGGCUACCAUGAAGGUGAUAUCUUUUAAGUGUCACUCUCAGCAGUAAUAGGUAGCGCGACUGUGUGGCAAAGAAUAAUUUUUGGUUUCCUCAUGCAGCCUUAAACUUUGUUUGACCUCUGCAAAAUCCAUGUCCUGCGGAAAUUAUAAUUCAUUUCAGCCAGAUGCAAAUACACCAUUUAAUCCGGGGCUGUGUGUCCUUUUUUGGUCCUUGUGCAGCCUGAAGCUGGAGUGCGAGAAGCUGGCGAGUGAGAAGACUGAGAUGCAGAGGCACUACAUCAUGGUGAGUCCAGUUGGAUAUUUACCACAGCUGCGCAAAGUGUCUCAGCCUAACUGUUUUAAUUAGAAACUCUGAACAGCGUUGUGUGUUCCUUUGGAGGAGCUACAGUCAGGGGAAAUGCAUCACCGUCAAUUCUUUGUUUGACCUCAUUUUCUCAGUCCUCUGCAUAUCGAGGCCACACUGAGGUGCUUCCUUUUAAAAAGACCCAUUGUCGGUUUAUAUUCAUAUCACACUGAAAUAUCAACACCUGCUGCACCCAAUUAUAACACACAAGUUUUUAAUCACUAAUAUCUUUAAAAAAUGUGUUUUUCACAUAUUUUUGGUAGAAAUUGUUUGGUACCUUGUGAUGGUGAUGGAGUAAAGUUAAAAAUAUCCACCUUGGCUAAAUCUUAGUUGUAUUUUUUCUAUGUUUAUUUUUUCUCACACAAACCUCUCUAUAAAGCAUACUUGUCUCCUCCACAUAUCUGUUCUCUUUUUUCUACCCCCCCAACCUCAGUCUUUCUAUCUCACUCAGUCUGUUUCUCUGUCUCCUCUUCAUCUCUCUGUUGUCUCUCGUGCGCUAACAGCCUGAGCUCCCUCUGUGUCGGUGUGUCUGUGUGACUAAAGGCUCACAUGUAUCGUAAGCCUUCGUCUGUGGUACAAAACCCACACAGAGCCGACCAGAAUACGAUAUGCACCAUCUGCUAAGCUGCUCGCAUUUCAUAAACCUGGGAGAGCGGGCAGGAUCAGGGCCGUAAGCUAGAUAGACACACAGAUGGAUAGACAGAGAGGGAGAGAAAGGCACAGAGAUAGACUGUCAAAUAAACGGAGUGAGAGAGAAAAGCAAGCGGGCGGACAGAGAAACAGACAGACAGACAGACAGACAGACAGGAGAUAAACAGAUAAAAAUACACACAAACAAAAGCACACAGCAGGGACAGCACAUACGCAUCCAGUCAUUCAUUCAUUCAUUCAUUCAUUCAUUCAAUUACUCUUCUUUAACACACAUUCCUUCUAUUAUUGAUCUUUCUUCCUCAAACCUUUGUUCAUACAUCUCAAAUCCUUGUGAUGGCUGUUGAUUUUGAAUAUUUUUGUAUAUUUUUACCACAAAGUCUUUACAUGUGGUGCUCUGUCAUUUUUUACCCAUGAUACUUCCUUGAUAUUUGGAUACUUGCACUUUUAUAGCUUCCGUUAUGUUUAAAAUAAGACUGCAAUGAUUAGAAGGACAAAAUUGAAGCAUUCUUUCAACCUCAAGUUGUCACAUUACUGAAAAAUGUAUUACAUAUAUUUAAUUCAGUAAGAUCUGGGGUUUUGCUGCAACAGCCAUAUUUUCAUUAGUAAUUAGAACCACAGACUUUUGAAAGGAGUCCAGUCUUAGGGCUCCAUUUCAUCAGAAAUCCACUCUUAAAGAGUGACUCAUAGUCUUGUUUUUAAUGGAGUAAACAUUGUGCAGCCUUAGUAUUACAUUGCACAUAGUGAAGCUGUUUUCACAAGCAGGUCUGCAUCUUGUGUGUUACGUUGAAUGUUCUCAAAUAGACAUUAACAAAUGGGGAUGAGUUUUGUUGUCAUUGUGCAGUAGUGCAGUUGUCUCAGGGUACAGUGACACCACCAGCUGGACUGGGAUGAGUGGAUCUAUGAUAGGAGGUGAAAUUUGGGGACAGAGGUAAAAAAGUUGUUCAGUUUGGCUCAUACUGUAUGACUGACGGUUGACUUACAAAACAAAAACAGUUUAGUUCAGGAAGCAUGUUCACUGUUUGACUUGUUUGGUCAAAACACAGUGGGACACUGAUAUUCUGCCAUUAAAUAGUUCGAUAUUUAAGUACUUAGAGGUAGUGAUGGAGGAACUUAGUUCGGGUGCAUGUUCCUGAUGUGCUCAGCUGAUCAGAUCAGCUCAGGUCUGAUCUGUGACUUCACUUUGUGUGAUUGUCUGGGAGUUAAAAUGUGAAAGUUUUCACAUUAUGAUUGGCUCUUCAUUGGAGACUUUAAGGAUGAAAUUUCACACUUUGGUGUUGUUUGUCCUUGUGGAGUUGCUGUACCAGCUGGCAGAGGAUUCCGAGCCAAUGUGAUCACUAGAAAUAGUAAACAAGAAAUAUUGUUUUUCACAGCUAAAAUACCCCCGUGUUCGUCAUAUUCAGACCCACGGCUUUUGAAAACUGAACUUAAGAGUCUUCCCUUUUUGGUCUCCUUGAGAUGAUGUUUUGCUGGUGUUAUAUUUUAGGGCUUUAUGUCUCAAUUCAGGGGGGACAGGACAAUGGAUUGAGAAGGAAACUGGGAGAGAGUGAUAUGUGGCAAAAGGGGGCAUCAGGUUCGAACCAAACCUGGGCGGCACGUUUGAGGACCGUGGCUGCUGUACAUGGGGCACGCAACGUAAUCACAGGGCAGAACUGUCGCCCCAAUCUUCUAAGCAACCAAAUAUACCAGGGAAAUUUAGUGUGAUGUUUCCAUAAGAUGUCAUCUCUGACCAAAGUAUUUCUUUACAAAAAGACAUUUAAAAAAUGGAUCAGUUUUUCAUAUCUGAUAAGAUAUGGGUCACCAAUUGUUCCUCUAGUGACAUUCACAUCUCAUCACACCAAAGAUUUACAAAAAGGCAAAAAGACAUUGCAUGUUUAUUUUAGUUUCAUAACCAAAAUAAUGCUUAGGAAAAUAAUCUUGAAACUUAAAAAAUCAAAUAAAUUUUAUAAAAUUGCAAAACCAGAAAUUUGUUUUUGAUCUUCUAUAACUCAAAUAGACACAAAAAGGUCCAUAAAAGCAGAAACUUUUCAAACUGACCUCGCUUCACUACAAAGGUCCUCUAUAUGUUUUUCUAAGUGGUUUCAAAGAACAAGAAGAAACAUGCGCACAUGAAUAUGAUACAAUGCAGAGCUACCACAGAGGAAUUGCUUCAAGAACCGCAGACCUUAGAAACACCCACUUCCCUAAUCUCAGGCACUCCCUGGGUUUAGCUGUGGUCUCAGAGAAUUACAGUGUGGAGCAGGCGGCGCAGACAAACAUCCACCUCCUCUAUUGUAAAUCCUUUACCACCAAGUCUCACACAAUGAGCGGUGGCGUGCCAGCAUAGAUGUAGUUCCUUCUCUAAGACAGGGGCAGUGCAUGACAUUUGAUCGAACUUUGCGCAUAUUAAAUGUCACGGCCUUUGUGACCACUGAGUGAUCCCAAACAGAGAGAGGAAGGAACACAAGCACAAGAGUAUCGCACAAGAGCUCAACACUCGACCACAGCAGCUCCAUAUGGGAGGGGAGAGCUGUAAGUACUUAUAACAUAUUCAUAUAGGUUAGCAGAGGGCUAGCUCUCCAGGCUGUAGUAUUUGAACUGGGACUCUUUGUGCUGUAGUGGCUGGUGAACAGAGUGCCAUGCUUCUUCAUAGCCAUGGCUCUGAAAUGAGAGGGAGGGAAAGAGGGAGAGAAAAUGAGAGGGAGGGGAGUGAAAGAGAGGCUCAAAGGGAAAGAUAGCUUGAGAGAGAAAAUAGGCUCAGAGUGUCAGUAUGAAAAAAAAAAACAGGGAGCUGCUGAGGGAGGGAGGGAUACAAACGGAGGCAGAGAUAAAGAGAAUAAAAGAGGAAAGAGAGAGUGAUUGAGGCAGGAGAGAGAUACAGAGGAAAAGAGGGAGAGUGAAAAAAUUAGAUGAAAUGAGAGAGAGAUACCAAGGGACAGAAUUGCAGAGAAGAGAGAUGGAGGGUGUAAAAAAAGCUGGGAAGGGAUGAAAUGAAGAGACAGAGAGGGAAAGAGAGUAUGCAGCACAGAGUACAAGAGAAAGAGAUAGUGAUGUGUUUGUGUGGGGGGGGCGUGAAAUGAAAGAAAGAGAGACAGAGAGGGAAAGAGAGAGAGAGGGUGCACGCACAGACACGUAAAUAAUGUGAAGCAACAACGGACUCGCUGCGCCCACAGAGGAGAUAACCCAGAAGGCUAUAUUUAGCUCGUUAGGCCUGUCAUCCACACUGAGGCCUGUUUCCACAGGCUGGGGCUCUGCUCACCACGCUGCACUGCUCCUGCCUUUACUAUUCAUCACUUUUAAGCUCUUUAAAUAAUCGGGUGAGGGGUUGGAAAGUACAAAGAUGGUUAUACUGGGUGAUGCAUGUGGAGUUUUUAGCAAGCUUUUACGCUUUAACACCCAAGAAGACAUGACGUUGCGCAGUGCAAUUUCUAGUGAUUAUAUGGCCAGGCUGUCUUUAAGUGGUAAGUAGAAGAGUAAACAACAAAAACCAUCCAUUUGUGUUGAAGUGACAAAGUGCACGAGCUGAAUAUCCACUGUAAAUGAAUGUGUAAAUGUCAUAGAACAGAAGAACAUAAAGGUAGAAGGUCCUGCAGUACAGAUGAUCAACAAAGUGAUGGAUGUUGACAAAGAAGCAAGUCUUUAUUGCUGUUUCACACCGAGUUAAAGUUGGUGUAUUUUAAUCAUGUAUCCCAACCUUGACUGAGUGGUCAUUCAAACCAGAAAUGUGCCAUGAUGUGUCCAUGAUUUCAAAAAAGAAAGUCAAAGUUUUAUCUGUUGGACAAAAGGACAGUUUUUUUUACUCAGCCCAGAGAAGUUGACAGUGUUUCUUGAUAAUGUUGAUGGUUUUCUCCUGCAUGUGUGGAUGAAGUCAGUGAACUGUGUUCACAGAUGAUGAUUUUUGAAGUGAUUUUGAGCCCAUGUAGAGAUUUCUUCUGCAGAUGGACAUCUUUUUUAAUGCAGUGCUUCUCUUAGCGCUGGGCCUUGUCUCUACAGACAUUUCUCAAGAUUCUGCCUCUUGUAAUGAAUUAAAAUUUAGUAGAUGAUUAAAUCCCCAAAUAUUUUCCAAUGAAGUUGUUGGACUGUUUGCUCACACUGUCCCUCACAAACCUCUUUCCAUCUUUACACUGAAGAAACUCAGUUCUGUAUUUUUUGACCCAUUUCUUUUACUCGGGUUGCUAGCAUCAAAUUUAAAAUGUAAAUGCAUAUAUUUCCUGAAAAGAGUAAGACUUUCAAGUUUCAACAUUUGAUAUGUUAUCUUCAUUCGCGUGUCAACGGUAAUUUCAACGGUAAUCCCUGCCAAUUCAACAGGCGGGAUCAAGUGAUAGACUAAGUUUUUUUAUGAUUUACCAGGUAAUAGGACCUCCUCACUCACUUGCCUAUAGACAAGCUCCUUUUUGUUCCGUUUUCGGUAAUUGAAAGCGAAGCUAUCAUAUAAUUCGGGGCACCCACACACCAACACUAUCAGUUAGUCCUCCAUCUUUGAUACCAGUGAACAACCGUUCAUUUUCGUACAUCACCCGGCAACCUUCAUGCUGAUUGGAUUGCCAUGUAAAUAUCAGCUCAAGUUGAGACAUUUGCAGCUCCCGCCCACUUCGCGUCAUUCGCGCCGCCAGAGUAGUAGAAGCAUCCAAUCGCGUCUUUGCAUUGACUCAACAUAUAAUUUACUUGCGUGAAUGAUUUUACUCAUGCUUGGUUUGUGGAGAUAGUAACAAACCAUCCCAAUCUAUUACCCACAUUUGACAUGGCGCCCAUCUUCUUUGGAAUUAGGGUUGUAUGAUAUAAGCUGUUAAUUUAGCAAUUAGUAUGUUAGAGUCUUUUUGGACUCAAGGAGCUGAUGCCAUAACCCUUACUUAAUGCCCCUGUCUUUGGAGUAUUGCUGCAGUAGAGCCUGAUUUGGAUAUAUUGAGAUCCACUCUCUGCAUCAUUUUUGGAUGGAGUGGUAUAUGUCCAGUGACGUCUGUUUUACAACACUGCUUCGUUUCUUCGUUAGGUGUGGAGAGAGAUUGGCAGUGUGUAACAUCAGCGCUAACUGCAAACACACAAACAACCAGUCACACUCAUUGAUAGUGACUGUAGGCGCCUUGCUUUUCUCCUCCUGUUGUAUUUAUAAUUCAUGGCUCUGAGAUUUCACUGCUCUCCUGGAAUUCCACUGUGUAUUUUUAAAUAAGGUUGCAUUGUAGCCCGGGCUAAUCAGGGGGCAUAGUCAUACUGAUCACAUGCCUACACAAGGCGCAAGAAAAACUCAUGCCUGGAGAGCUGUGUUCAACCCUGAUGGCCUGAGGGGAGAAUCUUGCAAAGUGAAGAUUACACAACCACCAUUCUCAUCAAAUGUGAUAAAGGAGAGGAUAGUAUCUUGCAUCAUGAAAACCCAAAAGUCAACAUUUAAAUCCAAAUAGAAAAGUAUCAUGCUUGAAUUCCUUUCUUUUCUUAUUGUGGACUGUUAAACACUUAUUGGCCUCAAGGGUAGAAACCUUACAGAUGGCGUUAUGAAUGAAGAUUUUAGUGUUACAUUUAUAUUGAAUUUAAUUUUCUGGCAUGGUUUUUCUCCUUUUUUCUUGUCUUCAGAAAUCUUUUUACUUCCACAGUCUUGUCGGUUAUGCAGCCAUCCUCUCAUUCCUCCUGUCAAGCACAAGACAAAAUUCUUACGGGGGGAUGGAGCACCCAGACCCUUUAAUAUAAAGUAUUAAAAAAGACAUGGCUACUGGAGGGUGACAGCUCACAGUCGGGAAUCACAUUUGGCAGCCACUCCAUGGUUGUGUGUCUGUGUUUCUGUGUGUGUGUGUUCAUUUAGGUACAGAGUCUCUGCAGGGGUCUCGUGUGAAUAAACAGCCCUGCUGCUGCCAUUAAAGUAUACAAUGUUAUGUGACACAAUAGGAUACAAUGCAACGUUAUAGUGCAGUAUCAUACAAUGAGAAAGGAUGUGACACAAAACCAUAUGGCAAGUCACACUGCAUUAUGAUGCUCUACGAUAUGAUACCAUAGACUGUAUAUGUAAAGGAUGCCGUCUGCCUCCUUGCUGGGUGAAGCCACUCCGAGAACAGCACCCUCUGGUGACAGGCUGCAGUAUAGGUCAUAAAUCCCGCCUUCUCCAGCAAUCCCUAUGGAGCUGUGGACAAACUUUAGAAAUUUAUUACACAGAAUAUACAUUUUUCUCCCCUCUGCUUGCGAUGUUGACAUGUAGUUAUUGUAAGACUGAUUUGUCCUCAAGUCCUCUUUUUUCUGUACAGCUCCAUUUUUUAAAGUUAUUAGGGGGUUCAUGUUUUCUAUGAUUGACACUUGAUACUCUGGGUGUACGAAGCAACUCUCUGUGACUCUCCCGCCGAGUGCGUACAAUGCUACUGCACAAUGUUGGUUUUGUGAAGUGGAAAAAAAACAAGGAAAAACUGAGAGCUUUUCAGCUUCAAAUCCAUAUACUGGCAGAAGGCGGAACCAAGUUGGCAUAGUAUAUACAGUCUAUGUAUGAUACCAUAUGACGCAAUAUAAUAUGGUAUGAUGAAAUAGGGAAAUAUGUCAUACAAUAAAAUAUAACUAAAAAAGUAGGAUAUGAUAAUAUAAAUGCAGUACAAUAUAGUGCAAACAAUACAGUACAGUAAGAUAAGGCAUGAUAUUGUAUGGUAUCACAUGAUACAAUAUGAUAGGACAUCACACUGUAUGAUAUAAUGAAAUACAAUACGAAUACAAUACAGUCUGAUAUGAUACAGUACAAUAUGAUACAGUAAUUAGAAGAGUAAAUUAGGAUGAGAUAGGUCAGGAUUUAAGAUAAAGCAAACUGGUAGGUUAUAAUUCAAUAUUGUACAAAUAUUAUACAAAUAUGAUACAAUAUGAUAACAUAGAUAAGAUACACUAUAGUUCAAUAAGAUACAGUAUGGUAAAACAACAUGGUAAAAUCUGUCUUGGACUAAAGUGUUGAUAUUAAGAUAUGACACAAUAAAACUUUUGGGACAGCUAGUUUGGGAUUCACUGAAACCAACAUGAAAUCCAUAAUUGCCACAGUUAGAUCUAAAGUUUAAAGUGCAUUCACACAAUGAUUGCAGAAAAGCUGCAAGAUUCAUUUCAAGUCCAUGUAGGUCUUAACCCAACAGUUCACAGAUCCAAAACAAUGUUGCAGGCUAACUUUGAUCAGGAAUUAUUGAGAGUUAAUCCAGCACUGGUGAUUACAACGUUACACUUCCUUGCCUUUGCUGCAUGGUAAUUGCUGUAAUUUGUUGUUUUUCCAAUAAAUCCAAGUAUCUCAUUAAUCUUGUUUAAACGUUCUCACUUUAAAUUAAGAACAAUUUGUCCCGGGCAAAUUAACCAUGGUUGAACCGAAAUCUCUGAAACACCGAAUUACCCUGAAUUGGAUCCAGAUUUGAUCAUGUGUGCCGAAAAUAUUCUGGUAAUAAAAACUUUAUCAUCUUGAAUCUUGUAUUAGGAUUGUAUCAUGACUUCAGUGUUUUGUCUCAUGUUGGCCAUACGGUCAGUGGUCUAAAGAUUGUAUGUGUGUUCAGUACAUCCCCUGAGGCAAAGAUGGAGUGUGUGUGUGUGUGUGUGUGUGUGUGUGUGUGUGUGUGUGUGUGUGUGUGUGUGUGGAUUAUUGCGGUGCUCUCAGCCUCUUACUCUGCUCCCAGCUCAUCCGUCUGAUUCAGGCUGACACACUGUGUUCUCCUCAGCAACAUUACAGUCACAGACUGCUCAAGAAGAGGGAGGGUUAGAGAAGAAAUAAGGGAAGAGGGAAGGCGAAAUGUAGGGGGCGAAUGAAGGUAAUAAGGGAAGUGAAGACAGAGAUGAGGGCAGUACAAGAAAGAGGGGAGGGGAGUGAAAAAAAGAGAUGUAGAGAAAUACGGGAGAAAGAGAGAGAGGGUACAAGGGCAUUGGCAGGAGGAUCAUGAAAAAAAGUUGGAGAAAAAAGAAAGAACAAGGUCAACGGCAUAGAGAGGGAGGAAAGACAGGCAGAGAAGAAAACAUGAGAGUUAAAAAAGGUGCAUUUUUCUUUUGUUUACAGGAAAAGGAUGGAGGUUUUAAAGAUAAGAGAUGAAGAGAGACGCCAAGAAUGAGAGAAAGAAAAGAAAAAAUGAGACUAAUGAUAGAUAGCAUGGAGGCAGAGGGCAGAAUCUGAAUAGAGAUUGCUUCUCUUUGAGCUAAAUGCUGCUAGGAGUAGUCUUGAGGGAUUUAAGUGAGGCCAGAUGUAGGGAAGGAUUGAGACUGUUUUAAGAGUCUUAAACCUGUCUGAACUGUCUGGAGCAGGGGGAGCAAACAGGACGGGCGCGUUAGUAAAGAUGAAUCGGAUCUCCCACACGGUAGACACUCUACACAUGUGUUUAUAGAUACAGACCCCCUCAAAUUCAAGGUCAGUGCCAUCCGGUUUCUCUGGCUUUCCCUCUGAUGAAACAGGCUGCAAGAGAAACUGCAGUGAGGCUGAAUGUCUGCCGUGACUGAUUUAGUCAUCACCCCCUGACAGGACACAAUGGAGAAGUCGGAGUCUGCUAAACUAACCUCUGAUGUGGGUUAGCGCAGUGUGCUAAUAAAUGUUUUAACAUCGACCAUAUUUAUGUGUGUGUGUGUGUGUUUGUGAGUGUGUGUGUGGGGGCGGGCAGAUGAAAGAGACAAGCUCACCCCAGAGACACUGACGAACAAUGCUUUUGUUAAGGUUUUCUAACGCACAUCCACACCCCCGCACGCACAAAUAAUGCAUGCAGGAGUAAACACAAGCUGCUUGCACACACUUGUUGGCAGCGCACACAUACACGUACUGUAUCAGCACUCGCUGUAAAGCCUCACAUACACAGGUACAGUUUUGCAUACACACACACACACACACACCUACACACACACAGACAAGACACACAUACAAGAAUGUCCCAUUUAGAUAAAUCACCUUGGAUUAGACCCACUUCUUAAAGCUCAUUUUUAAAGUCUGCCGGUGUUCUUCACAGAAUGCAUAGAAGAAAGAGAGAGAGAGAGAGAGAGUGUGGCACCACUGCCUGACACUCUCUUGACACCGCGAGGGUGGAGAGAGGGAGGGUCGGGGUAACGAAAGAGCAAACCCUCCCAGAAGAAUGGAAGCGUAGAAAGAGGAAAGAAACACAACAGCAGUGAAAGGAGGGAGGGCAGCUCAUUGAUAGAAAUCCAGGAAUGCUUGUAAUCUGUCUUGGCCAGAUGAUGUCAGUGCAAUGUGUGUGUUAUUAGCUGGAGAUUAAUGUAAGAUAUGGGUUAUGUUCAGAGGGGUGGAAAGAUACAGUACAAACAGAUAAACACUGUACCUCCUCAAUCUUAAAUAACCCGAGAAGACUAGCCUGGAUUUUAAAUCACUUUUCAUCAAUUCCUUCAUUCAUUCAUCCACAUUACACUUUAGUGUGUGCUUUGCGGGUCUGGGCACUAAAAGUAAACACUCAACAGGACAUCUGUCCAGUAAACGGUCCAUUUGUGUGGCUACAGGUUUAGCAAACACCCGGCAAGGCGCUGCUUACAGUAAGAGCACAUUAAUUUAAGAACCACCAGGAAUACUUCAGCACGUACCUCGAGCUACAUGCAGGUGUGUCUGUGGUGCACCACUGUGGCAAACAUCUGAACAUUAGACAGGGAUGGAGACUGUUCAUGCAAGUUGCUGCAUUUUUCUCUGGUUUCAGCAGUGCAAACAGCUAGUGCUAAUGCUAUCUUCUUUUUUUGUGGUUUAAUGGGGGUCAGCAUUUUUCGUUUAUUUUUUUGGGGGGUGUGUGUGUGUGGGGGGGGUGGGGGGGUAUUUAAUAAAACAGCUUUCAUCUGUGCUACAGCCACCAUCUGGUGGUGGUAACGCAUAGCAACCGGGCACUAGUAUAAACAGGGGAAAAGUUCAUUUUAAAGCUUCAGUGAGGUUUUUUUUUUUUGACAUUUAUGAAAUAGACUGAAAUACAAACAGAUACAUUUUUAUGAUAUACAAAAGUAAACAAGACAAUCAGAGAAAAGAUUGAUGAGUUUUAACUUUGAUUUUUUUUAGUCCCUGAAACUGGUGCAAGAGGGUAAAGGUUAGGUACCAACCAACCAGCUGAAGAAUAUCUCCUGUCUUUACAUUUUCACAAUAAAUAUUUACAGAUUAAAUUCAUCACGUUAAGUCAGCAUGAUGGGAUUUCUUUUUUUUAAGACGUUAUUUAAGCAUACAAAGGACGAGCUAAGCGAUGACUUCUUUUUCUACAAGAGGUGCCAAAUCAACACAAUCCAAAAAUCCUUUACAAGAGCUUUAAACUGCAGUCAUAAUCCUUCUAAGAAUUUUUAGAAGCUGAUCAUUUUUCUGUAUUUGAAAAUUGUUACCCAUCCGUCGUCCAAACCAUGAUAUUCAUACACUGAAGUAAAAUGCUCCAAACACAUCUUGUUCUUCUUCUGGCUCCAUGUGCAUUCAAUGUAAUGUCAACAUACUGUAGAUUAUUUCAUGGAUUUUUGUAGUCUGUUGUUAAAAUAAAAAGAUAAUAUAGACACACUGUAUUCAGUUCUUUUGCGGUUAAAAGGGUAACUGAAAUACUUUGUAAAAAGAGUUAUUUGGGACAGUGUAAGCUUAUUGUUGUUGAUGUCUGGAUGCACCAGACUCGUGCAUGUUUGAUCACAAAAAUUAUUUGACAUUUGUAUCCUUAUGUCUACAUUUACAUUAAGUCAAUGAAUAAGUUGUCAUCAUCCAAAACACAACUCGUCUCCAACUUUCUGAGUACGCAGGACUUUUUUCAAUGAUGACAUUUGCAAGUUGUCCUAUCACUCCUUUGUCAAGCCAACACAUACACUCUCCUUACGUACCAUGCUCUUUAAUACAACCCACACACAAGGAGUAUUUGACAUAAUAUCGUGUUAAGAUACCAAUAAGCAUGAAACAAAUCAAAAUCAUGAGUUCAGAAAGGUACUUUAGUGAUUAACAAUAAGAAAUAGACAUGAAUAAAUGAUAUGAAUAAAACAUAAGGAAAAAAGCCAGAAGACAACUUACCUAAAUUGACAAGAGAUCCCAAAUGAUAUGCAGUGACACAAACAGAGGCUCUAAAUUAGGCGGAACUGCUGGCAGGGGGGCUGUGACUGGAGAUUUUAGGGGGCAGAGAGUUAAGAGAGGAUUAACCUGUUACAAAAACAACUUCACCAACCAACAAAUAGUGCAUUACUUCAAUGUAAAAUGAUGUUUCCAUUGAAGCACAAGUUACAGUGCAUUGAUUUAUCUUCUGUCCUUGAACGUGCUUUUAAGUUGUUUGCUGAGAACAGCUGUGUUACGUAAAGACCACACAAGCUGUAAGACUCAAACUUUCUGCCUGUUUCACUUCUGUUCAUUGGACAACACAUAUAACAGUUACUAUUAAUAUUCACUGACGAAAAAGCAGUUGUUGAGACACUUACAGUCCAGACUACACAACCAGGGAGUGUUGUCACGAGAGGAUUGUACUGACUGCACAAACAGCACAAUAGUCACUUCAGCGCUGUCUAGCCUACACCCACAGGACAACUGCUACUACAUUUCACUCACUUAGUGUUCUCCUCUCUGCCUCUUCACAGGAAACCCUGACUGGACCAAUUAAUUGCAGGAUUGAGUUGGUUGUGUGGUUAGAAGAGUAGAAUUGGAGCUAGAGCAGCUUUCCUUUCUACUGUAACAGGUUGUAACUCAAACUGACCUGGAAGCUUCAGCCAACAAGACAUGCUCUUAGCUUAUGUCACCUAUUGGUGUUUUAAGUCCUGAGAUUGAAAAGCUGAUUUCAGCCUGAGAAUAACUGUUUUUGAAUGAUCACAUAAACACUUUUGAGCUGUCCUGAAGGUAAAGCUGUUUUCCUUUCACCCUUACUGCAAGGAAGCGAGCGAGGGGAAACGAUGCCGCAGAGACCAAUAAACCAUCACAAUGUAAUAUUGUUAUCAGCAGCAGUGCUGCAGUUCUCUUGUGGCAUCACAAUGAGGGGCAUUGGAGCAUAAAGAGGUGGAUAACCUCUUGCGACUAAAAGGAAGGCGUUUAAUUUUUUUAUUUUUUUUCUCUUGUAUUGUGCCCAAACAUGAAAAGCUACUUAAUCUGUUCUCAUGCUCAUUAUAUGUGCCCUCAAAUGUGCAAAGGUGGAGAGAUUUCUGUAAGUUGUUGUUAACAAGGACAAGACAGGUCUCAGAAAACACUGUCAUUAACCUUUUUCAACAAUAAACUCAUGAAAAUUUUUAUCAAUCUGACGAAUUUCCAGAUUAUUUCCAGUGGAAAAGAGUGAAUCUUUGCAGGCAAGACUGGACAUCAAUUACAAUUACAUUACAGCCUGGUUUAAGAAAGGUUUCUGUCUGAUGAGCUCAGGGCUCCCACGACACCCACUGUAGUUGGAGUGAAUUUUUUUGUAACGUGUAACGACAUUUACAAGAUUGAUGAAUCAGAGGCUCAGCUGACUUGUCUGACAGGCUGGCAUACUGGGAUGCUAAAGGCCUGCUUCUGGUAGGUCGACAGACAGCUCGGUUGACUAUGCGUUACCAAUAUGGCAGCCGCCAUUAGACUUCAGGACUCUGCUUUACAAACAAGGUGAGGUCGCAGAUGCUGUAUCAAUUUAUUGUGCAGUCCACGUUAGAAACAUGUUACUGAAAUCAAAUUUCAGAUGAGCUUCUACCUUAAAACAAAGAUUUUUUUCACGUUAUAUUGUAAAUGAUUUAUUUAUAUUAUCAAAAUCUGUAUUUUAGACUUUUACAUUUUUUAGAUCUAGUGUAAAGCACUAUCAUCAAAUGAACAAAGCGCUUCAUGUUUUAUGCGGUGAAAAAACUUUUGAAAAGUUUUGAAAAGUAGGACCGCACUUUUGAAAAGUAAAAAGGAAAAGAAUAUUGUAUCACCUGAGCAGGUGCACUUUUUACAGUAGUGCUGCUAUAUUUUAGUGUGUUAAACAUCUGUGUGCAAUAUCUUAUGGAGUUGAUACUCCUACGCACUUGUCUCUUUACUUAAGCCUUGGUUUUUACAUUGAAGCUCAGGGAUACAUCACUAAAGAACAACUUGUUUUUCAAUGGAUGUGGAAUGAAUGGACGUGAAUGGCAUUUUUUGUUUAAAUAACCUUUAUGAUAGCUUUCCAAUGAGUCCACUUAUUCUCAACAAUGCACAGUGGCAGCAUCAGAGCUGUUUUACCUCCACUGUUGCUGCAGAGCAUCCAACCUCGACUACAUUCCCCCCCUAAUGUUGUUCUUGUUGUACACAGUCAGACGCUUCAUUUCAGCCCAGAGUGGAGAUCUCUGGCUGCUGAAGUGCUCUAUGUUGUUACUUACAAGGUUGUAGGGCUGUGGUUGUUGCACUUAUCUGUUCGAGUAGUGGAUGAAAAGUGAGAUUUUAAAUGAAAAGAGAGAAGAGAGAAUGAAAGAGUGUGAGUGAAAAGGGAAAGAAGUGUAAUGACAGAGCGGUGGAGAGGCUGAUGGGAGAAAGAUGGACUGAGGAUUAAUAAGGAGAGAAAGACAGGACUUGUGUUAAAAGGUGUAGGAGAGGUGGAGAGGUGAGGUGUAAUGAUGGAGAGCUGGUGAGAGGGGCUGAUGAGAGAUGGAGGGAAGGAGAAAGAACAAAGAGAGAUGUCACAUGUCUUUUAAGUCGAGUGGGCUGAAGGGGGGCUGACAUGGAACCAUCUACAGUACAUAUGUUCAUGCUUUCAGGUGUGUUAUAUUCAUGUAAGCAUGUGUCCUUUUCUACUCAUGAAAGAGACUGUGCAUUAUAUGUGUAUGUUUUUGUGUGCAUGAAUACACUUUUUUUUCUUGCCUGGCCAUGAGAGGAAUGACUAGAUAAAAAGGCAAAAUACUCAGUGGACAUGAGCUCGACAGGAGGAGCGAAAGGAGGAAAUAAAGAUAUAGCUCUUGACAAGGACAAGAGAGGGAGAGAGAGAGAGGGAGCGAGAGGGAAGGAGAGGAAGAGAGAGCAAAUAAACAGAGCAAGCAAGCCAAGCAGGAAAUGGCAAUGGAGAGAAAAAAAAGAGGGAGAACAUAAAGGAGACAGAUGAUUGAUAGAAAUGACUGAAAGGAGAAAAAUGAGAGCGUAGAAAAGAGACAUGAGUGUACUGUAAAGGACAGGGGUGGAAAUGAUACAGCAGGUGGAUAAAAACAAGGUGAGAUGAGAGAGAAAAAGAGAGAAAGAGAGAGAGAGAGGGGAGAGAUGGAGAAAGUAGCUAGAAAAAGAAAUAGAGGGAUAAAUGGAAAGAAAGAGAGGAAAGGUGUCAACAGUGGAGAGACGGACGAGACUCAUAAGAGGGAGAAGGGAAAGUACAAGAGACCUGCAGCACAGUGUGAAACAUAGAUGGAUGGAUAAAUGAAGGACACACGUGCCCCAUCUCAAGAAAAUGACCAAAGCAACAAGAGGAAGUUAAUCCCAAAACCUCCAGGCUGAUAUCCCCUUUCCACGGUAGAAACCCUCAGAUACUGACUCCUGUUUCUGCGGGGGCUAAAUUGGGGUUGGAAAAAAGCUCACAUGACUGUAGUCAUUUUAUUUACUUUUUUUUUUAGAAAGGUAUAAAAUACAUUCAUCUACAUUCAGUCAAAUGUUAACGUUCUCAAGUUUGCAAAAAGGCAAAUUUUAUUGGCAUUCCUUGUACCAGAUGUUGUUUGGCAUACAAAAGGAACUGGAUUAAUGUGUAUGGAGUUGGUUUACACACCAAAGCCUGGCUCUAUCACAACUCAAGUCUGAGCUGCAUCUAGAGUUUUAGGUGUUCAAGCCUGGAUUGAGCUAAACUGCCAAGUUGGACAUGGUUUUAACAGUCAUGUGGUCCUACUACCCUUUGGCAAAUAAGUGAAACAAUCAACGCAGAGCUGUCCUGUUCUCAGAUUAAAAAUCUGUGUUCUCCACUCUUUGUAGUAAUGACAAUAUGACGAUUGAAAUAGCAGUUUCUGUAACUCAAAAAAAAACAAAAAAAAAACGGGAGGGAUUGUGAGGGAUCACGGCCUGCAGCCUCAGGGUGAAAAAGUAAAACAAGUAACAAGUGUGCUACACUCUUCGUUCACCCCUUCUCCUGUGUUUUUAUUUGAUCUCUUUUCCAGUUUCCUUUCCAUAUAAAGGGUUUUCAACCCCUGUAUGCUGUGUGGUCCGGUAGUAUGAAAAAAAGCAGAAUUGAAUAUAGUUCGUUGUACGUACAUUGACAGACACCAACAGACAAAGAUAGCUAGUGAGUGAAAUGAGAAGGAAAUAGAGAGGUGGACCGAAAUGGAGAGUAAGGGAACAUCUGACAGCUGAAAAAAAGGCGAAAUAACUAGAAGGAGGAAUGAUAGAAGCGAGGGACUGACAGCCUUUAAAAGAUAGAGAUAGAGAGAGAGAGUGUGUGUGUGUGUGUGGGGGGGGGGGGGGGGGGGGUGAAUGAGGCGGGGAGUAAAUGAAAAAAAGAGGAAAGAGAGCAAUGGAGUGAAAAUGAGCAGAGGAAUAGGGAGAGGAAGAGAGAGGGGCAGUGUCUGACUCUCAUCAUUUAGAGCGCUGCUCAUCCAGCGACAGACGCUGUCUUUGUCACCAUGACGGAUCCUCGCUGUCUGCUUGUCGCUCGCCACCAACACCAUUACAGCACAUUACUGAUGUACUCACAUGCAAACAAACACAAAAGAGGGGGAACGACACGUUUAGUACGCAGAAGCACACAGGCAGAAGUGCUUGCACAAGGUUUUUUUGCAAAACACACACUUUUAUACAGACAUGGACGGGCAGGUGUGUUUAUUCUGCUGGUGUUUAAUUAAAAAAACACAAUAUGUGACUUAGAAAUACUAAGUCCGAUACUUUUACAGGAUUGCAGCAAAAAAUCAAAUUUGACUGAGGUUUGGUUUGAAGGUUUUUCAGAAGGAGAGCAAUGAACGCUCCAUAGAAGACUGAAUCAAAUUUUUGAUAUACGUUUCAGGCUAAUUUGUUAAUAAACCAAAUGUCUGACAUCAUUUUGUUUUCAAACCUUUAAAUAUUUGUGUAUGAAUGAUGGACUUCUUUAUGCUCUCCAGAGAAAGGAGUUGUAGAUUGUUGUGUGGAUUUUUAAGUUGUUUGGUGGAUUAUUUUCCCCAAACAGAUGUUCAGUUUUCUUCAGGUCAGUCUUUGCUGACUGAGAUAUUAACUGAUGCACUAAUAACUUUUGAUAAACCAACUGGAAGGAGACCUCUGUCCAGAGCGCUCGACUUGAAUACAUGAGCCUGUCUGUCAGGAAUGAGGCUAAUCUGUGUUUUUUUCACCUGUUUAAAGUCUGAUCACAAUGUGAGCUCGACCUCCUCCAGAUGUGUUCGGGCAUAUUUGAUAGCAUUUUGAUUGCAACGAGUUCUGCACGCAUUUUUGUCUUAGAUUACCAUCUGUUUUCUUGUGCAUUCACAGAGUCAUUCUUUUAAUGGCCACCAUGCAUGGGUCUUCACGUGCCCACACACACACACACACGUGUGCACAUACAAUGAAAGUACUACAUCAUGCAGCGCAAACACACGUGCUGAGAAAGUGAUCAGACAUUACUCAAACAUGCACAUAAACUCCUCAUUAUCCAUACGCUUAUUGGACAAUACACAUGCACUCGUACACACUGGAUUCCCCUAUUUUUACUCAUUCUUUUCUUGCUUUCAUUAAAACCUCUGACUAACGGCAGCAUAUGCGGCACGGCUGAACAACAGAUGUUCAAUGGGAGAUAUUGUGUAAGACUGAAUGCUAAUGUGCGCCUUGUAUACAAUAACGAAGCUCUGUCAUUCGUGUUUGUCUCCGCAGUACUAUGAGAUGUCCUACGGUCUCAACAUCGAGAUGCACAAACAGGUAAGAAGCUCUGAGUUUAAUAUUUUUAUGUCUGUUUACAGUAUCUACAAAACUCUUGUGGUGUAGAACUUCUAUUUAUCGAGUAGGCGGGAGAAGGUAAAAUUGUUAUCUUACACACAAACAUUGUAUGGCAGUGUCAUCUUGUAUGGGUGGGUUUGUUUGUACUACAUUCCCUUGCUCCUGUCCUCCAUUCAUUUUUUUUCUUUGCGUUCAUGCCAAGUGACUACCAUCUGUGUAAAUAAGAUGAACAAAUUAUGAGACAGACAUACCAGAAUAAUCCUGCCAAAUAAAACAUCACUACAAGGUAAUAUUCAUCAACUCUAGUUUAUUGUUACACUUAUUUACACCAUGUGCAAUAUUGCUCUUUUUCAUUUUUAAAUGCCGUACUCCAACUCAGUGAGCGGUUGUACUUUAACUUCAUAAAUGCUACAAACUUUAAGGUUAAAUGGGUGUGGAAAAAAAGUAUUAAAAAAAGGAAUUUAUUCUCCUAUUUUGUGCAAUACACUAUCAUAUUACUGGUGUCAGUUAUCAAUAUUUGGAUACAAAAGUAAUACAGCAGUCUAAAUAUUUUACAAUUUGAGUCACCACUUCUCUACUUCAUGACUCCUUAUGAUGGUGCUGCCAAUGCCAAUGACAUAUGCUGCGUUCCAGUUACCUUAGAAGUCGAAUGUCAGAGCUGGAAAUGACGUUACACCUGAGUUGACAGCGUUCCAGUAAACAAGUCGGAAAACCAAGAUGGACGCCUACUGUUAGCUGUUGUCAGCUGUUGUUAGCCUAGUCAGUUGAUGUUAGCCAUUGCUAGCUGUUGUUAGUUGUUGUUCGCGAUACCAGUUGUAAAGGAUGCAUAACGCAGUAUUUUACUCUUGCAAAUACCAUAGCACCAUGCUUACAGUUAGACGUUGGGCAGUACAACAUUUACCACUUAUUUAAUUUUAUAAAAACAAAACAGAAGCGCUAAUAAAUAAUACAUUACGAGAGCUUUCACUGUUACUCUUUACUGUUGAUGCUCUGUGCUGCUAUUUUGGAAUAUGAUGUUGUUGUCAAGUUGGGGCUGGUGAGGAUUUCCAAGUUGGAAACAUGACUUCAGGGGGGCGUUCCAGAUGAAUUUCUGACUCUGAAAUUCCAACUUCCAAGUACAACUGGAGAGCAGCACUUAACCCUGCACUUGAUAAAAUACUGUAUUGACAAAUACUGUAUCAUGAUCUUAUCAAUAUGAUAGGCAGCAUAUUUUGUAUCUUUAUAUGAUGUGAUACUGUAUCUUCUCAAACUGCAUCGCCUUGCAUCAUAUCAUAUUGCACCACACUGCAUAGUAUUGCAUUUUAUCAUUAUCACAUCAUGUUGCAUGGCAUUGUAUCCAAUCAUUCGACAAACCUGCAAUCUCUUCUUUUUAAUGACUUAUUUCAGUGGUGGUUGCUCUGUCGUCUGUUUUUGAGAUUGAUGUCUCUUCUGUUUUUACUUACAGACAUACACAUCAAUUGCUGCUUGCUUUAUUAAGCUUGUUUCUUUCUGGUGUUUUCUUUUUUUUUGUAUUUAACACUUUAUAUGAAAUGUAGGGACAACCUGGCUCUAGACUUUCCCUUGGGAUCAGUGAAAUUCAAGCUUAUUUUAUGUCAUCUUGUCUCAACAAGAUAUAAGAUAUGUAUUCAGCAGGAUUUGGUAUCAGGCUUUACAUGUGUUUUUACUUUAAUAUGUGUUUGUAGGAAAGUGCAGAAUCUUUCUCACAAAAGAUUUGCAAAAACUGAGCAGAGAGAAAGUGACUCAAACUAGUUAAAAAGAGGACCAUGAUCAGGAUAGUGGAAUUACUAACUUUUUAUCAGGGUGUCUAUUUUUGUAUGAAGCAGAGUAGUAAUGAGUCUGCUGGAGCAAUAAAUGGUUUCAACACUGAACAAUGCAUGGUUGACUCAGAUAGUUUGCUUGUGGGUCACUGCACAAGGCUGUACAGCACUGUGCACCUCUGCAGGCAUCAUAUGGAAUUUACACGCAGGUAUUGAUGCGUGAAUCUGAGGGCACAAAACAAACAGCAGGGUGGGUUUUGUGUUAGCGCCACUAUAAAUAUAUAUUUAUUUGUGUGGACAAUAUCAUCUUUGGUUAUUACCAAGCAAUACAAGUGAUGCAUGUGUGAGUUAGGGGGUGAAACCAUUAGUGAUGUGUAAAUGAUGUGAGACCCAGGGGAUAAUAAGACUGUUCAACAUGCUGGCACAGAUGGUAACCAUAGCAACGGCUAAUGCAUGUUUGAUAUAAUUUGUGCUGAUUGACUAUGGUCAACUGACACUAUAGGGUUUGGUUGUAAUUUAAAGCAUGUUAUAGUUUCAGUAGUGGUGUGUAAACUCACUUUAUGGUUCUUCGAAAUGACACAUAAACCAGACAGACGUAAAAGAAGGUCAGUGUGUGUGAUGUAUCACUUCCAUCUCGGCUCCGUGAAAUCUGGUAUUGAAUAAAGACAUGUCUGAUGAGCAGUGUAUGCUCUGAGCUGGUGACUGCUCAUCAGUUAACUCACUUCCUCUAAUUUACUGUCUGGGUCGCGGUGCAGGAAAGGGGGACCAUCAAUUUGUAGUCAGACACACACACAGAUGGUCAAAUAGGAAGACGUGAAAUCUGUGACUCAGUGUUUAUGGACACCCAGUCAGAUACACAAAAUCAUUAUUAUGUUGAAAGGCAUCCCUCGUAUUUUAUAACGGGCUCCCAGUAGGUCUAGCAGAUGCGUUUAGAAAGAGCUCAUUGCUUGAAAAUAUCAGUAAAAGCACCUUCAAAUGAGAGCCUCUGCAUUGUAACCUCAUAAUCAUGGUGUCACUUUGUGUAAAAGGUGGUCACUUAAGUAUAAGGUCAUUGAACAGGGAGUUUCUGCCCUGACUCUUGCAGUGUAGUGCUAACACAGCAACGAUAGCUGGAUGGAAAAGUUAGACUUUAAAUCAGUUUGUGUUCAGUUAUGAUCCGGUUGUGCUUAAUAACCUGAGGCCUCAUUUUUCAACUGUGUGUACACACAGAUGUGUGCGUAAUGAGAGCGUACGAAUAUUCACAUACGGAUAUUUUUGUAUUUACGCACAUUCUAAAUUUCAUUCCUGCACCAGAAUCAAGAACCUUUUUUACGCACGGUUAAUAUGUGACCUACCUACCUUCUUGUCCUACUAUUUGAAUCAGAUUGGUUAUAACAUGACACAGAAACACCAUGAGAAGGCAGAAGAUCUCCUUGUUGUAGCUGUUUGCUCAAGUUGAACCCAGAAUAACGAGAAGGAUGAGAUAUUUACAGAAAAAAAAAAUCAACUCAAAGGAUUGGUUUUCAAUCCAAAUCAGCUCCUUAUCAGUAAAAAAUGGUGAUAUGAAACAUCUGCAGGUACAGGUGAGCCUAAUCUGCGUGUACUGGAGAAGGGGCAACAUCUGCUUGUGUGCAUAUUAAUGAAUACUAAUCAUUUUCUAAGUUAAAGCUUAUGCAUCUCAGACGCUUCUUGCACCUUGAUGUAAGGGAAGAUUAAACUCAAAAUUAGAACAAGAGUUAUAAAAUCUCUGCUUUGGAAAUGUAUCAGGAUAGCUCUUCUAGCUCUAGCAUACGUUUAAUCUCAUUUCCCUGCCUUUGAUCGAAUUAACUAUCCACAUUCAAGCCCAUGUAGGAUACCCUGAGUAGGUCAAGUGUUGUGCUCCUGGUGAAACUGCUUUAUAAGAAUUUGUAAUUACAGUACAUUCUGCUAAAAAUUCUAAAAACAUGUUGACAUGAAAGUCAAAAACAGGAUAAGAGAGCUAAUAAUUUGAAUACAGAAGAUUUGUUCAUUAACUACAGCAUAUACACACUCAGAAUGAAGAUAUUUUUCUCACUUCACUGUAUUUUCAAUCAUCAGGGAUUAGAUCUUAGCCUGUGAUCGUUGAUACUCUCUGUUUUAACUACUUAUUGACAAAAAUGUUAGUGUCUCUUUGUUGUAAUAAGGAAGUUUGAUUUUAUUCUUUCUUCUAACAAAUCAAGCAUCAGCUCAGUGAUUUAGCUGCUUCAAAACAUAUUAAGAAAUUUCAUAAAUCAUCAGGAAUGCACAAUAUGUGAUGAACUUGAUGGGUUGUUGGCAUGUUAAGUGUUUACAAAAGCUAAUAAAAGUUGCUUUCAUUUACUUUAUAACCAGCCAAAACCUUCUAGCAAGUGGUUGGCAGUGUGUUAACUACCAUACAGAGAUCGCAAAAGAAUGAAUGUCACCUGUGAGGACGUUUUUUCCCUUUUUUUCCUGAAGGACACCACAGUUGCAUUUUGCAAAAUGUGUGCAGCAAGUGUUUUGAGUGGAGAAGGAAAGUGCUCAAGCAGUUGGAUAAUAAGUCUUUUUAGUCACCUGAAAAGUUGACAUUGCAACAUAGAUGUACUGAGGAAAUAACGCAGUAGUAGAGUUCUAGUUUCAAACUGAAAACUGCAGAGGAUUUACGGACAUACAAAGCUAAAGCAAUUAAAGUCAAAAUGACUGAAUUUACAGCACUUGACAGCCCACCUGUUCCCAAGGUGGAUGACCAGAGGUUUCACCAGCUAAUGGUGUGCUUGGAACUGUAUCCUGUUACAGAUGCAUUUCUGCCUGACCUGUGUGUUAUGAUUUCUGCUCAGGCUCAAAGUCUGAUUCAUGCCAGUGACAUAAUGUAUGUAUAUAUAGACUUCUAACAUUAGUCCAGUGAAUAUGCUUAGUUUUACGGCUCAGUGAAAUAAGUGCACAGGCGUGCUUUGGUUCACAGUGAAAAGAAAACACAGUUCUUUGUGUUCGCAACAGGGAUUAUAGUUAAAAUACGUUUUGAUUAACAAUAUUUAUGCAUCUUUACACACUCAGACUUUUUACCUUCAAGUUUGCUGUAACCAAAUAUUACAAAAUACAAAAGUAUAAAAGAAAAAUGUAGUACUCUUAUUCGUACCUAUGGAAGGCGAGAACAGCCAUGGAUUUUUAUUUUUUUUAUGCAUUAUCUUGUGCAUACAUUUAUUAUCAUACUAUUUAUUAUCUCGUUAUCUCAAAAUAAAGUUCCUUUUCUCGUGAUAACAGAUCAAUCAAUGGUGUGUCAGCCAUCGUGACUGUUGUUGUCUGAUUCAUGGAUGGCAGUUAAAUGUUCCCACGUUGAAAGUGUAGCGUGCAUACGUGGAGCGUGACAUCAGUGUUUUCAUUGAAAACUCCAGCUUGCUGUUGAUAACGGUGGCUGCGGCGUUUCAGAAAUAUCCCACUCUGUAGGGCGUUUGUAAAAGUUUUCAAUUUGGGUCAGCCAAAACGCCAUUUCUGUUUAAACAAGACGCAACAAUACCUUCGCUUUAAUACUAAAACAGUUGUCAUGUGAAUGAAAAAAAAUGAGAAAAUGAACUUGGUUUUAUCGAGAUUGGAUCCAUUGGAUGUUCUUAUCUUCCAUCAGUAUCGGCAUCAGGAGCAGGUUAUUUUCAGUUAUCAGUAUCAGCUUUGAAAAUGUAUGUCUUGCAUCCCUAAAAAUGAUAAAAGUACUCUCCGUAUUUUAUUUUUACCUGAACUGCUGGUCAAAAUGCAGGGAAAGUUGUGCUCUAGUGGGAUAAGAGAAACGAUAACCCAGCUGUGAAGACGUUAGAAUAAAACUGAGAUCAGGAGUGACUUUGGAGAGAGAAAAACAGAGAAAAGAGAGAGAGGGAGGAUGACUGGCAACAAAGCGGGCCAGAACUUGCUUGUCAGCUCCUGUCACCAAAACAGAGAAAUGGACUGGGGUGCUGGCUGCACCUCUGAGAGAUAGACAGAGGAAGAGAAGGAGGAGGAGGGAGAGAGAAGAGGGAUCGGCUUGGAAAAUGACAGUGGAGAAAAGAGCAGAGGAGAGGGUAUGGGGUAAGGAUGACAAGAAGAAAACCAGAGCGCUCCAGUCAGAAAGUUUUAAAAAGGAGAAAUACAGAGGUAACAGAUCAGAAAGAGACGGAUGCAAAAAAGUAUAUGUUUGAGCGUAUAUGCGAGAAAAAGUGAUUCAGAGAGAAAAAGGAUUUAACAGGCAAGAUGGUGAGAGAGACAUAUGAGGCAGACAGUAAAAAGAGAAACUUGCAGAUAGAAAAAACAGAGCAGCGGAAAUUGACAGAAAUAGAAUAAAAAGAAGGAUGGGAGCGAGUGUGAUGGAAUUUAAAAUGGAAGAAAAAAAGCUGGUAUAAAAAAGCAUAUCAACAGUCGGCAGUGAUGGAAGACUGAGAUAGUGAGGAAUUUGAGAGAAAGAGAGAGGACAAGGAUAAAGCACAAAGGGUGAGACUGUAGAGCUAGGGGUCCCUCUGAAAGGGAAGAGGAGAGGGAAGUGUGUGGGAUAGUUUGAAAAAAAAGAGAAAGCAAGAUCGUUUUUUAAAAAAAGAAGGACUUUGAAGAUAUGAGAGACUGUUAAAAAAAAGAGAGAGAGAGAGCAUGGUAUGCAGCUGAGAUGGAGAAACAGGAAAGAAGUGAGCAGAGAGAGAGCUAAUGUUGGAAAAAGUGCAAGAGCAAAGACGGGAGGAAGAAAGAGGGGAGAGAGAUUAAUUGAACGGAUGAAAGAGGAGAGGGUAAACAGGAAGGAUGAAGCCUUUAGAAGAGACAGAUAAAGACCUCAGAGAACAGAUGAGGGGGGGAGGAUGAAAAUUAAAGCCAAAAGAAGAGAAAAAAAGUAGUGAAGGCAAAGGGAAAGAAAGAGAGAGGUCUGUCUGAGGAAAGAUAGAGAGAGGGGGAGUGAGACGUCAAGGGAGGGAGGGAGGGGAACUGUGAGCCGCAGUGAGAAAUAAUGAAUCAUGAAUAGAUUUAACAGUAUCUGCUCUUAUUUCCUCUCCUCCUCCUUCCCCUCUUUCUCCCCCUUCCAGCUUCCUCCUUACAUCCUGUCGAGAUCACAGCCCCCCUCCCACCUCUCCCUCUCAUGUGCUGUCAUUAUCAGUGGCAGGGCCAUCUUAUGUCCCGGCAUUAAUUGAGCUGUAACAGUCAAUCCGUGCCUCCCUCCCUACCUUCCUUUUAGCCUCUCUGCUUUUUAUCCCCAUCUCCCUCUCUUCUCCUCUCUUUAUAUUUCCUCCUCUGUCGUUAUCUUCGCCCCCUCCUUCCUCACCUCUCUCUUUCACUAUCUCGAUCCCUCUCAUUUCCUUUCCAUUUCUCCCCCUUCUCCUCGAAGACGAUUCUAUCUGAACUAUAUGAAAAGAUAACAUCUCCCCCCUCUUUCUUAAAGCUGUGUGAAUACAUUCAUACACAGGCACACAGGCGCGUACACGUCGUCACAUUAUCUCUCUUGGUUCACUUCCAUUAUCAUAUCAUAUCAUAUAUACAUAUAUACUCGCUGUAUCCCCAGAGGAGCCAGCCGGGCUAUAAGGACUUUGCGCUUCUCUCUGCGGUUGUUCUAUAUUCAUUGAUAUAGCACUUCUGGGGCUCUGAAAUCAUUGUCUGUAUCCCCCGCUAUGUGCAGACACACAACAUGUAUAUUCAGUGACUUUGUAAUUCAGUCAUAUACUGUAGGCUCACAGCGGUUGGCACAGCAUGGUUUACAGAUAUAUGAUGAUAUGUUGUCAGGUGUGUGGGGGAUGACUGAAGCGGGCUUUUUGUAUUGACAAGUAAUUCUAGCAGCAGGAAGACAGCAAGAUGGAGUGAAGUGAAGAAGAACAGAGGCUUUGUUGGACAUUUUAGCAAGAGUGUACGACUGGAGCAUGACCAGUGAAAUGAUGAAAAUGUCAACGAUUGGAAGUAAAUGAAGGCAACAGCAGCUGACACGGAGCCAGGAACGGCAUAGUUUGAGUAGAGGAGCAGCACUUGUCUUCAACAUGUCGAACCAAGGACAAAACCAGAGAGAACUUGAUAAAAACUGGUAAUACUUUACUUGACGUCUGUAACGCAUUAUAAAUAUAUAUAUAAUGCAUUUCAAUCACGUUGUAGUACUCUAUGACUACAGUUUUCAAGACUCAUAAAUGAUCAUAAUGCUUUAUAGCAAUAAUCAUAACACAUUAUAAAGCAUUUUAUCAUGACUUACAAGGUCAGAUAUUAUAAUGUGUUAUGCCUUAAAAAAGCCUUAUGAUUAUUAAUAAGUGUUUAUAAUGAUAGUUAUACAAGUUUAUAAGCACAUUAUAACACAUCAUAAAUAUAUGUAUAAUGUAUUAUCUGUUGGGCAUUGUCAGUGAGUUGUUAACAGUUAUAACACACUAUAAUACCUGACCUUAUAAGUCAUGAUAAAAUGGUUUAUAAUGUGUGAUGAUUAUUGCUAUAAAGCAUUAUGAUCAUUUAUGAGUGUUUAUAACUAUAGUUAUACAGCGCUAUUACGUGAUUAUAAUGCAUUACACAUAUACUUAUGAUGCGUUAUAGAGAUAGGCGUCAAAUAAAGUGUUACUGUUUGACUUAAUCAAUUAGCAUAUAUAGACAAGAACCAGACUGACUUUAAAAAAAGACAUUUUCAUUCUUUGUUAUUUUCUUUGCACACUAUGAAUACUAUGACCUUUUUUUAAUCAAGAAAACAUCAGUGUAAGGAGCUUGCCCCAAAAGAACUGUUCAAAACUGGACAAGAGUAACUAGAGUCUGAUUUUAUUGACAGAAAGAUUAUUUUGUCAGAUUUUUCUGUGGUGUGAGGUAUGUGAAGAGUGAUUUUACUUCCCUCGAUCUGCUUAGAAGAACGUGGUUGUUACACAGAGAAACCUGUUGUGGGCAGGGGACCUUGAAGACAGCUGAGCGCGCACUCUGGAUUGUCACAUGGGACGAGAUGAUAGCUACUUUGGUGGCAAGCUGACUGAAGACGGAAGCACAAAAAAGCACAGCCGUGAAGACAUUAGUGAGCACAAAGAAAAAAGUUUGAUGGACAUCAGAAAUCACGGACCCACUUUGUUGGUUUGCAGCAGUGACGUACAUACAACAUGUCCGGUGAAACAUGUUCUAUGACCUUCAUAUCAUUAGCUGCACAUUGUCCACCAUGUUUGAUCACAGGAGAUUUCCACUUUGACAGUCAGGACUCUAGAUGUUGGUGAAUCUGUUUUUGUGUCGUGCCAUCUAGUCACUCUCCACACACAACAACAAGAACUAAUCUGUUUAAUCCGUCAUUAUUUGUCAUUAUGUGCAGGAUCGCUUCCUCUUUUAACAUCUGUUAAUAUCUCAAACAGAGUGGUGCCAGCUUCAAGACAUAGUGUCCUUUGUUUUUUUAAUCAUUAGAGGUACUUCAUAGUAUCCUGAAUAUCCUUCUGAAUGAUAGAACACUACAGCUAAUCAAUACUGUCCAUAAGAGGAGUUUUGACAGUAGACUAUUGUGUGUGCAGGGCGAGAGUAAUGCCUUGCUGUCUACUAAAGAAAAUAUCAUUUACUAUUAUAUCCACUCAUCUCAUGGUAAUAAACACUCCACAGUCAGUGGGUACAACUUGAUGCACAUUGAUUUGAUGAUAUACUUGGCCUUGCAAACUAUAGUGAACCUGGGGCUCCAGGGAAAAUUAUAUCUUCAACCUUAAAGGGAUAUUUACAGUCAAACACACCGUAAUACAGAGUUAGACACCCCCUUGGGAGAUGAAUGUUGCCGACUUACGUAUAGGGUCCCAGCCACAGCACCAGCCACCAAACAUCUUUAUAACUUUGAGUAAUUUCUUUAGCAAAGAGACUAAACACAACUCACCUACUCUCUUCCAGCAGCCGCUUGUUUGUAGCGAGACCUCAGGCAAGUCCAUCGACUGCAGCGGGGUGACGCAGCUCAAGGAAGAACAUUUAUGAUAAUUUCUUUAUGGAAAUGCAGUCAGACCGAGACGCUAAGGCAGGAGAACUGCAAAAUGAUUAAUAUGGUGAUUAUAACUUCAAGGAAAUGAUUAAGUAAUGAUCAUAAAUGUUCUUCCUUGAGCUGCGUCACCCCUCUGCAGUCGGUAAGGGACUCGCCUGAGGUCUCUGGUCGUUACUAAAGUUGGUAUAACUAGAGAAGCAAGCGGUCGACAACGUUAAUCUCUCGAGGGGGUGCCUAACUCGGUGUUACAGUGUGUUUGACACUAAAUUAAUUUAACGCUUGAAUAUCCCUUUAAGUCUUUUACUCGUGAUUUUAGCUGUAGGGUCUAUUAGUGUGCAUAAACUAAUUGGUUAGGGACCCCUCAAUGCAUCACACUUAUUCGUUAAGAUGUAUUAUUACAGUUUCAGUGGUACACAUGAACAUAAAUAUAGCACAUAUUAGUGUCUUUUGGUUCAUUCAGUCAUUUCUCUUCAAACGUUUACUGCCCCAUCAUAUCACUGGGGACAGGGAGUCCUGUGUGCGACCAUUAGUGGAAAAGGUGUUAAAAAUGUCCUCUUGAUUUAUAGAAAAGAAAUAGUAUGAAAAUAGAAAUCAAUACCCCGCAAAGCUAAUUUACAGCCUGUAUGAGUCAGGCCUGCUUUGUUGAUGACUGAAAAACAGAUGACGCAGAGGUUCAAAUCCUUUAAACAAGAUGUACGUUUUCGCCCAAGGUUCAGCAUUUAUCUGUGACUCUGAUUAAGGUUUGAAAGGGGAAGUCUUGAUGUUAGUAAGCUGGAAUUGUUGCAUAAUUUGUUUGCAUUUUGGUAGCCUAAUACAGCAGGAUGCUCGGCAAUAAAGCUCCCGGGCUGUGAGGGUGCUUAAUUACAGAUUAGACAGCGAGAACCUGGAGGGGGCUGUGGAGUUGAAAGCUGGGUCACCGUUGAAAUUUUAUAACAGUGCGUUUGAUGCUAGGCUUCUCUGCUAUUAUGACACAAUUAUUUGACAAUAUUUUUUAAAGCUUUUAUUUAAACUCACAAAAAUAGAAUUUAGCAUCACCACCUAAUAAAUCUGUAAAAGAUGCCUGAGCCGUAUAUCAGACAUUUACCCCAGUUUUGCCAAGAAAGGUUUUGAAGGUUAGACGCCGACAACAGAGAAGCUGCCAUAUGUAGCCAGAAACUCUUUGUUAACUCUUAAAGCGUCCUGUUUUUCAGUGUUUGACAGCUGUGUUUAGACUGCAGCAUAAAAUGUUAAAAGGCAUUCUUAGAUAAGAGCUUUUAACAAGAGGACACGGUGAGAAUUAACUUGAGUGGUUUUGAAGGUCAAGUUUUGUUUGAUGACAGCUGUCCCUUUUCGGUUCUUUCGCAUCCAGAGCGUGCAACUUUUAAAGCGCUCCUGUUUUCUGUAUAUACAUAAUUUCUUGUCAUCCUUGCAGUCAUGUGAAAAGAAAUACUCUGCAUCCAUUUAACCAACAAGUUAAACUUUUAUCAAUGUGCAUUUUUACUUUUAGAGAAACAUUCUGCAAGUAAAAUCAGCCUGGAUUUAAGGAUGCUGUUAUUCUAGGAAAAUCCUCAAAAUUAUGGAUAUUUGGAUAUCUAAGAAAUGUUCAAGUUUGCAUUUAAAGGCCAGAAUUAAAAUUCUACACCUUUUGAAAUUUGGUACCUAUGUAAUCUUGAAGCAAUCCUCGCCUCUGAGUAUAAUAGACCCCUGUGAUUCAUCAGUCUUGCUUUUGUCUUUGUCAUCUUCUUGCCAAUUUGUAACAAGAAAUAUUUUGUGCAGUCACCCUCUGCAUGCAAAAGCACACAUAGCCCUUACUAGUUUGUCCCUAUUGUGCUACUGUAGAAACAUCGCAGUACAGGAUGAUGGUCUCUACUGAAGGAAACCCACUGCUAUGUUGAGAUAAAAGGCUCAUCAUAAGUGAAGAAAAACAAAAUGAUCUUUAUGUUUCGGUCUUUGGACACAAAUUAAACAUAAUUAUGAAUAUUAUACCCCAUUUCUGCCAAGUCUGUUUUGCUAAACUGUACCAGCAGCACUUCAGAACUUCACCAGUGAUCAACACAAAGAUGGACGACACAUAACCUUCUCCAGUUGUUUGAAAGUGAUGCCAAAAGAAAGCUAGCAUGGCAUCCUUUUUUUUUUAAACAGCUUAUGGUCCUAACAUCCGUCGUGACUCAUUUAAAUGAAUGCUAAUCCAGGUAUCAUUGAGUUUUGUCACAGUUGAGUGACAGCUUAUAUUUCCUCUGUACAUUUGUGAAUGCUCGUAUGAAAGCCUGGUUCACACGCAGGAGACAGGAUAUUAUAGGAUCAGUGUUAGCAUAUAUAUAGACUCUACAUAGUGUAUUUCACAAUACUGGAUACAGAGACGACGUGGUUCACAGAGCAGCCAGGAUAUUAUAGGAAGCCGUGUUUGAUAGUCAGGAUGCUCGGCAGCCAGACUUUUUCCCCUGUGGACUCCUGAGGACAGAUGAAGCAGCUGGCUGUCCUUCCUUCCUGCUCCCUCCUUUCAUUUCACCAGCACACAUGUGAGGGCUGAGGGUGUGGGAGUGUGGGUGUUGGUGUGUUUUUGUGUGAUUCACAAGAGAGAGUAGCCCAGUCUUUGCUUUUUGCACUAUUUGGUGCAAGAUCGCAAAUAAAAUCCUUUUUUUUUAAGCAGUCAAACAAUUAAAACACAUCUGUGAAACAAGAAGAAAAGUGAAGGGGAGAAAAGACGCAGUGAAAAGCAAAACUAAGAAAAUAAAUAAAACAGAAAAGGGGGUUGAGAAAGAUCCAGACAGAGUACAAACAAACCAGAGAGGGUGAUCACAUGAGAGGAUGUUUAUCUGUUUAUGUUGUCUAAAAACUGUGUAUGUGAGUGUGCGUGUGCAUGUGUCCCUAAUUAGCCGGAGCCGUUGAGUUUUUAAUGCCUUCUUAUGUGUGUGUUUGUGCAUGCAUGUGUUGGUAUAUUUGGCUGAAGUUGUGACCUGAAUCCUUAUUUCAUUGGGGAGUGAACAUUGGAGAAAAAAAAAGAGUGAAGGAAAGAGUGCAGCAAGACCUGCCUUCAUUUUUAACUCACUGCUCUGGUUCCUAAUAGGAUUGGGCUCCUCUCUUUCCCCUUUUUUUACUGUCUCCAUCUCACUCUUUCCAUCCCCUCUGCCUCAUCCUUUUCUCUCUUUGUCAUUCCCACCACCCAGUCAGUCGAUAAUCCCACAGUUGUGUUCCGAGUUUUUUCACUGAUUGUAUUUAAAGGGCUGGAUUAGGACGAGACUGCUUAUGUGGGUCAACUAGUUCCCGCUUUCUAGCGGUCAAAAGACUUUGUAUGCAUGUUUGUGUUCAUGGUAUGUGUUUGCACUCGCUCUGAUCAGUGGUGUAUGCAGCCUCUCUUUGCAUGUGCUGUGGCAUCUGUGUUCUGUGAGUGUGUGUGCAUGUGCGUGUGCAGCUUUGAUGUCUCUCCCCUCCAUUACUGUGUGUGAAUGCGGGUGCGUACAUGUGUAACAGAGCUCAUUUGUGAAUAAUGAGGCAUAGAGAGUGGGAAAGAGUGUGAUACAACCCUUUAGGAACGAUAGAAAAUAGGGUGAGAGAAGCAAAAAACAGAGGAAAAGAAAGAGAGGAAGAUGAGAUGAGAGAGAAAAUGAGUGAUUAAAUUCCCAGGGAGCUAGCCUUUUAGCGUAAUGGCUUUGUCACUCUGGUGGUGGAGCUCUAAGAAGCAACACAGACUGUUGGCUUAUCUCUGUGUGUGUGCGUGCGUUUGUGUGAGUGUGUGUGUGUAAACGCUGAUAUCAAAUGUAUGUGAUAGCAGCUGCAUGUCUGACCAUUUAGAACUGAUGAUAUCCUGUCUGAGCAGCUGCAUCAGUUGUGGCUUUUUAUGUGAGUCUGUCUGCUGCACUCGCUGGGUGAAAUAUAUAUCUCUGUAAAAAUUCAUGGGUAACUUCACCGAGAGGAUAUCCUGAAUUUUUUUUUUUUUUGACGAUUGAAUGCAGGGCUAAUUCUUUCCUGCCUCACAUCUGGUGUGUUUUAAGCACCAUUUUGCAUUUUAUCAUGAACUUUAUUUUGAUUAUGUAGUGGAUUAUUCAUGCAGCCUGAAUCUGUUGUGUAUGAUCUCUUUUCACUAAGAUGGUCGAUAUAGUUUGACCCUUAUAUGCAUUUGAAACACACUCUCUACUGUAUUCAGAAUGAUUAAACUCCAAUUGGUUGGAAUUAAUAAGUGUUUGGAUGUAUCUACAUUUUUUUAAAUAGUAAGAAUGUGUUUUUACCUGCAGCAUAUCUCCUGUGUGCUUUGUGCGUAAUCUGACACUGAGAAAUAAUCGUAAUCUGCUGCUCAAUAUACAGACCUCUAUGAAUUCAAAGAAAACUCUGACAGUGUCUAAUUACAAACUUAUGCUUAGCACAGCCAGCUUUUUCUGGGGCCAGUGCCACAAUCAAAUUGACAGUUUAGUAAAAUUACCAGACCGAUAUCUUACCACUUUUUGGCCUAAAUUCAUCCUCUCGCAACAUAACUCUGACUUAAGUAUUGGCUGAUACUCGCCUACUGCCUGUAUGGUUUAAAAAAAAUUGCAUAAGAGCAGUUUAAAACACACCCUGACAUUCAGCAACUUUUGUUUGCAUGAAUCUCUGUGCACACCCAAUAAUGUUACCAUAUGAUAGGGUGAGCAUAUUCUGACUUCCCAAAAAGAGGACACGACUACACAGGGAUGGAGUUAUGGAGUCCUGACUUUGAGAGUUUUUCGGGUUGGAUGGAGUGUCUUUUAUGCGCUUCUAACUCAGUAAGUCCAUGUUACACUAACUUGAAACUUACGUACAAAACAGCAGACAUUUGAAGGAUUUUAUAAACUUCCCCGGACAAACUCAGGCAGCCCCCCAAAAAGAGGACAUGUCCGGGUAAAAGAGGACAUAUGGUCACCUUACUGUAUGAUGUUGUUACAUAACAAUUCACUUUAUACUACAGCAGUUUUUUAGGGAGCAAACUGGUAUUGGGCAUAGUCUUAAAUUGAAAUGGUCAUCCUAAGAUUCACUGUGAUUGAAGCCAAAACAGUCAGAGCUCCUCCUGGUGACUGGUGGCCAUGUCUCCUUUAUGUUAACAGAUAAAACAUGGGUCAAACUUUGAGAUGUUUACAAUUAAUCAAGUAUCAAAGUAAUUGAAAAACAGGCAGAAAGCUUGUUCCCUUAUUAACUUCAUCUCCAUUGUUGUGGCAAUUCCACAUUUAGCAGUAGUUUGUGCUUUGCUGUACGGCUUUAAGUUUGAUCAGAUGAUUUCUGAGCCCAUGUUUAUAUUCAGCAUGUUUAACUACAUGGUCGGUUUAAGAAGGGAGGAUAAGAGAGCUAGCUUUAGCUACAAAUACUAGAGUUUAAAAAUCAGUAAGUUGUUUUGUAAGAUUUCAUAGCAGUUAUGCUCUGAAAAAUAAAUGAACACAUUCACAGUUCUGCACUAACAUGCAAGAGCCAGCCGAUGUUUCUUCACAACAUUUUGUUUGUCAUUAUAGUAAGUUCUUCUCAUGCUGAUUGAUGUUAAAGUGCUCAUGCUUUGGAGAUGCUCAUUUCUGAUUAGUCAUUUGAUUUUGAAGGAUGAUUUAUUGAUUGCUCUGAUGAUGGUUCCUGCAUUUUUUCAUUGAAAUAGCAGAGUAAGGAAGGAACAAUGAGAGAAAAAACAAACAUGAAUACAAGAGUCAUUGAGGUCACGAUUACCAUGAGUGUCUGUUUCAAAUCAACAUAAGAACAUAAGAAUACUGUGGACUGUACUGACACGAGAGAUCUUUACUGCUUUAUUGGUAAGUGUGUGCUUUGUAGGGCUGAACAAUUUUGGAAAAUAAUCCAAUUAAAAAUAAAAUGUUCUCAAUAUUGUGAUUGCGAUUUUGAUAAUAUGCAAUUAUUUUUUCAAGGUCCUCCUGUAAGGUAUUUUUCAACAAACACAAACAAUAAAUCUAUCUGUAUUAUAGGAAACAAUUAUUAUACAUAAAUUGUUCUUUCUGCCAAUUAUCAUUUCACACACAGGCUCUGUCUGCUCACUUGCUAUCAUGCACACACAUGCACGUGCCAUCAUACACGUCACGAUACUAAUCUAUGUACCGAUUGCGAGAUGUCUAUUCAUUUAGCUGUGCUGCAGUCAUCGCGUUGGAUGCGUUUUCUGUCGUUAUGCAGAUGUGGUUAGAAGCUGAAGUCGAAGUGCCGGUCGCUGGUGUUUUAGCCAUUGUUGUAUAUAGCUUUGUUGCGUUUUUUAAAGUGUUGACAAAAGUUUGUAGUGUUACCUCCCGAUGUAGCAACAGUAGCUCGACAAGUUCUGCACACGUUGCACAGCAGCAUCUUUUUUAGAUCUACACAACUGCCGUGCUGCCCCUCUUUGGUACUAAACUUUAUGCAGUGUCAGUUUCUUUAGUGGAAAUAGACCAUAAUGUGACAGAGUGCAGUGUUGACUUCUCUCUCUACCUGCUCUGCUUCGCUCUGCUGGCUUGUCAUGUGACCAGAUCACAUGACCAGUCAAAAUCACAGCCUUUGCAGUUAGAAAACCGCGUUUUGUAAUAUCGCGUUGUAAUCGCAAAUGCAAUUAAUCAUUCAGCCCUAUUGCUUUGGUUAGUUUAAGUUAUGUGUGGUCAGUUUUACGUUGUGCAUGCCUUGGCUCCAAAAUACAUCAGUGGUUCAAUCUUUCAACACCAGUGAGGCUUUUUUUUUGCUUCAUUUUUACAGAUGGAGUUGUGUCGUUAAUCAUUUUAAAUAAUCAACGGUUUUAGGUAUAGCUACAUGACCUUUCUGUUACAUCUAUAAAAGCUAAGACUUUGUAAGAUUUUUUCCUUUCAAAUGUGCUUUUGCACAACUGUAGACUCCUGAUCUUUACAUUCAGCGUACAGACAUAUACCAGCAGGCAAGUGAGACCAUUUGAAAAUAGAUGUCAUUGUUUGGAUUUAGGACUAAUUAUCAUGGUAACAACUGCCCCUAUACGCUCAAGGCCAUUAUAGGCAGGUCAGGUUUCCAGCCAUGAAGGCAAAUGAAAUGUCAUGUUAGAAAAUAGUGGGUGACCAUGAUGAGGGGAGGCUCAGUGUUACCACAGAUUGAACCACCUGUGCCCGUGGUCUGAUCUGCAUGGCAGUGAACAACUGAGAUUAGCAACAAGAGGAGUCGGGGCAGCACUAAAUGUAGAUCUAGAUCUUUCCUUCAAAGCAAGUUUGAUUAACAUUUCUUGAUUAACAUUUAAGGGUUUGGAAGCAGCUCCUCAAAUGUCCAAGCUCCUGUCCAAAAAUAAAAUCCAAAGAGACUGAGUUGAUUGCCAAAGACUUCUCCAAAUUUUACUGCAUUUGAAAUGUCAAGUAAAAACAGUGUCCAUAAUUUUAAUGCUUGUUUGCUGUACUACAAUGAAGCACGUGCAUGUCGGCCAAAUUUAUCCACUGACCCUGCUGUAGUUAACAGUAUCUGCUGUGACCUUAUCACAGACGACAGACCCUCAUCAACUGUGCCGUAGAAAUCAUGUUUGUAGACAUCUAAGAUACAGAAUGAUUACAAAACUAAGUUAUAAAUACACCAAGAUUGCUCCUUUAGCGAUCCCUUUAGUUGUGCAGUAGUUGUUUUCUCUAUUUGAUAUAUUUAAUAAACAUUUAGUUUGAUUACUUUUUAGUUUUUAGUCUUCAUUUUGUGCAUUCAGUAUACCUCAAUUCACCUUUAUAUCAAGGUUAAAUGUUUAGAGUCUAAGUAUAUACAUUGGCAACAUUUUAUUGCAUUUAUGCAUUUAUGGUAUUAUAUUUUGUCAUGCUUUGUUGCAAAAAAAAAACAUCAAAGAAAAAUGUAAGAACGAGAAUAUUUUGUGUGUAAGGGUAAAGGGUGAGUGUUUGUGUAUGAAGUGCACAUUUUUUAACGCCUUUGCAUGCAUGCAAACUGUGCAGAAAGCCUUGCUACUGUUGCUACUUUGUGUCGUAUUGCACUGCGAACGACAUGAGUUUGAAGCCUUAUGCAGUCUGUCAAUCCAAGCUGGUGAGCUGGCACAGCGUGAAGAUGACUAAUAGCCCAGUAAUAUAUGGCCAGAGAUAGAGGAAGAGUGUGAAAGAGAGCAAGAGAGGAGAAUAUCAAGAUGCACGUGAAACUCCAACCCCAAGAAAUUUCAUGUCUUACUGUCACAUGCACUUGAAAGAUCCCCUUAAUGUGUAUGUUUAGGUUGCAGAGGUAUCUGGUAUUUUUUAUUUUUUUUACCUUACUACCUCAAAGAAGCAUUUCUAUUAGGUCAUUAGUGGUAGCUACGUGUUAUGGAGUCUGUCUGAUGUCCACCAAUGUGCUGGAUGUGUGCAUGUGUGUGUAUGUGUGUGUCAAAGCAGUAGAAGUGUGUGUCAGAGCAGUAGAAGUGAGCUGUCUGUCUGUAUUAUUCAUUCUAAAUGUUUCUGCUGCCUGGUCUGCUGCCUAUCUUGUAUUGUUACCACUCUGAAGGUUGAAUCUGUGUACUUUUGUGCAUGUGUGUGCGUGUGUUUGUGUCUGAGAAAAUCUGUUUGUGUGUGUGUGUGUGUGUGUGUGUGUGUGUGUGUGUGUGUGUGUGUGUGUGUGUGUGCGCGCAUGUGCUUGUUGGUCUCAUGCUGCGAGGCUCUGCUUGCUCUGCACACAUCUCAUUGUAUGUGUGCUCUCCUCUGUUCUGUUUGGAUUGCUUUUCACUGUGCCCUUGUUGCUUUUGUGUGUGUGUGUGUGUGUGUGUGUGUGUGUGUGUGUGUGUGUGUGUGUGUGUGUGUGUGGCUUUUGUGUAUACGCACCUGUGUGUAGCUGUAUUGGAGUGUGCACAAUUCUCAGAGUGCGUCUGUGCACGUGUGUGUGUGCCUUCUACUAUUUUUGUGGGUGAGCGUGUGUGUUUUUAGUGCUUGUGUGUACUUUGCUGCUCCCCUUUCCUCUCCCUCUCUCUCUCUCUUUCUCUGUUUCUCUUCCUCUCCUUCCAGAAUAGAGGGGCCAUCAAUCAGAGGCAAGGGGGAUAGAGGAAGGGAGGGAGGGAUGGAGGAGGAGGAGGAGAGGAGUUGGCGAGGCGCCAGGGAAGAGGUGCUGGCACGCUGCCCAGAGAAGAGCGAUAGAGAGAGAGAGAGAGAGAGAGAGAGAGUGAGGGCGGAGAGAGGAAAACAAGACCGAGCAAGAAAAGAAAAGAAAAAAGAGGGGAAGGUGGAGGGAGGGAGAUUCUAUGAGAGAAGGAGGGCAGAAAGAUAGAGCAGGGAGGAGAAAGAAAUAAAAGAGAGGGAGGAUAGAGUGAGGGAGGGAGAAAAAGAGCAUGUCCAAGUGCACUGAGGGAAAAUGUAGCAGGAGGACACAGAGAGAGAUUCACUGCGGAAGUGGAAAAAUGAGCCAGCAGAAUAAAGAGGGAAAGGCUGAUUGAAUAGAGAGAGAGAGAGGGAGAGAGAGGGGAAGAGAGGAAAGACAGGAAGAAGUGAAGGGAUGGAAAGAGAAGAAGCAGGAAUGGCUGUUUUCACUCACAGCUCUGUGUCUGUAAAACCCAAUCAGUGUCUGAUUAGUACAUCACCGGCUUCAAAUAUUUACCUUAACUGUUCACAGAGGGGCAAGCCGUCCAAUUAGAAAGGGGGGGGGGGGGGCACUCUAGGAGGGGGAUGUUUGUGUGUGUAUGACAUGUGCACAUCCUCUUACUGUUAAAAUUAAUGAGGGGGUUUUCCAGCAUGUGUAGGAAAGACUACGAGGUACUAAAACCAACAUGGCUGUGUCCAUUCCAGAGUAUGUAUGUACACAGUUUUUGCUAAAAAUCCCAUCAUCCUCUGCUCUGUGAUUAUAGAUGUAAGAUACUGCAGCUGUAGAGACAGUACAUGUCUGUAUUUCAUAUAAAGUAAACGUUAAUUUUUUCCAUUCAGUAAUCUGAUUUUUUCUUUGUCUUAUAUCUUAAUAAAUCAAUGAACUCCUGAUAGGGUAGGCGAGACCCUGAUGUGACAGACAGUCAAACCGAUACAUGAUAGUGAUUUUAAGAUGAUUUUAUUGAUCCAAAAAUAUUUAUUUAUUUGAUUUAAUGAUCUGUAAUCAGUUUAUUAUCAGUCACCUUUCAGGAUGAAUGAACUUCAAACUGAAGGUUUUAACUCAUGCACAUGUUAACGCAUUAGCUCGCUUAUUUGUUUGAACAUCAAACUAACCAUUUCCACCAGAGGUAAUGUUAGACAACAUGAACAAUCAUGUUGACAUAUGUCCAACUGCAGCUCUACAUCUUCUCGGGGCGCUGCAGUAGUAGACACAAUAACACAUGAUUGACAUAAAUGAAGCAGAAGUCCCGACUUUGAAAGCUGUUGCUUUCGUCAUAACUUAUGGUUUUAGUUAGCUGAUAGUUACCUGCAGCUGUGUCUUCUUUGCCUUGAUCGCAGGAUAGGAUCUUGCUCCACUUUCAAAGGAAAUAGGGGUCCAGUAAUUCUCACUCUUUCACACCCUUCAAGACCAACCUGAGACAGACACUCAAGUUCUGCCUCAGAACUGAGAGGAAAAGGUGAAAUGUGUCCAACUCCCAUUCAUAGAUCGAUUGAUGACUUGUGUGACUUGUCCCUUUACGUUUCUUUUGCUGUUGAGAAUUAAUCACAGUUGUUAAGAGAUUUUGUUCAAUGUGUCAAGUAUUUAACACAGCCAGGUAACAGUGUGAAUGAAGAUUUUUUCAUCAUUCAAUUGCUGCAGGUGCACUAACUUCUGGAUUGUGAAUAAAUUGAAAAUACUACUUAAGGUCUCGAAAUAAUUCAGAGUAUAAUAUGAAGAUAACCUUCGAAUCUUUUUAUCGAGUUGACUUUAAAGCAUAGGUUAUUUGUAACAAGCUCAGUGCUGCAGCAGGAGUCUUUUGCAAAGCUCUCCAAGGAUUAAAACCAGCCUCAAACUAGAGAUGGGUGCAAAGAAUAGAGAAAAAGAUAGGGGAAGAUAUUUUUUUUGGAAGCAAUUAUAGUAUGCAGAAGAGUGGACUAUUACUCUCUCUCUCUCUCUCUCUCUCUCUCUGUCUCUCUCUCUGUCUCACACACACACACAGGCGUACACACACAUGCAUACAGCAGCCCUCAUAAGCUCCUGGCUGGCUUUGCCGUUGUGGGACUCAGAGGCUGGCACAGCUGGCAGUGGCCGAGCACACUGGGCACCGUCUCCCUCCUCCUGUGCCAACCCCAGCCCACGCUCAUCACAUUCAAAUUCACCCAGCUUUAUUGGCAAGAUGAACGCGGUCACUGUUGCUUGCCCGUCAUGCUGGGAGACCAAAUACAGUGGUGAUCUUUCACAAGGAAGGUUUGCUUCUCUUUGUGUUCCAGUUCAAGAUCACUGUAGUGUCAUGAGUGAAAGGUGUACAAAGAUGAAUGUGAGCUCAGUUUUCUGUUCAUCUGUUUUUUUUUUUUUUCUCUCAUUUCACAGCUUGAUAAAAAGGCAUAGAAACAUCCAUACAUCAUUUUUUACCUCUUAAAUCACAAGCCUGUGGGUGUGCUGUGGUUACACAACGCUGCACAUCUUGUCAUUCAGAGCAUAUGAAAGAAAAUAGCCAGGGGGCAGAUCUUACUCUGAUAGACCCCCCUCCUUCUCAAACACGCUUUGUCUUUGUCAGAACAGUCAGAUGCCGGCUCAUUAUCUAAAGAAUAUUUCCUCACACAGAUUCACUGUAACACCAUCAGUCUGUGCCGGCUUAUUGUGUGUGAGUGUUAUUGUUUUCUUUUCCUAGUGUAACCACCACCCCAUCUACCCACCUGUCUCAUCUAUUUCUCCUUCACUUAGUCAUUUACUACAUUUCCUAGAAUGCCUUUUGACAGCCUUCACAGAGCAGACAGGAGCUUGUUGCGUUUGUGGUGCGGGUUGCACACGUGGGUGGAGAGAGAGCAGGAGCAACAGCAACACAGAUUGCAAAGUAAGAGUGGGAGAAUGAGUUUUUGCAGGCAAGAAAAAUUGAGUUUUAUAAAAGGAGAAACUCUUGCAUUAUGGGUCCAAAGCCCAGCGCAGGUUUGGAAAUUGCUCUCACUGCUUCUUGUGCUGUGGUUGAUUUCUCCCUGAUUGACAUUUUUAUAGCUGCACAAAAAUGCUGGGUCAAGCAGAAAUUGAUUUCUUUGACAUGAAAUGUGAUAUUCAGUUUUUAAGUGAAGAUUUUCAUGAUCUGUCAGAGGUUUCUCAACAUUAUGUCAAAUUAUGUACAACAGCGUCUGGGGCAGUAUUUUUACACUUCAAAAUGUGAUCUCGCAGAAGCUAAAGGCUCUGAACAGUCAGUGCAAAUACUGCACUCAUGUUUUGCCUUGGUAAUACCCUUGCAUCUAUUUAUACACACAAACACAGUGGUAGUAGUGCUCCUUGUUACUGCUGUACACACAUUAGGGCAUUUACUAUCCUCAAUAGUGCUGCGGUUGAAUGUUGUUAAGCAUACAUGGACAUUUUUUGACCAUAUAUAGCAUCUUUUAUUUCAGUGUUUAAAAUCUCCAUUUAGUUUUACUUAUAUUUUCCAUUUUCCUUUGUAUAUAUUUGUGACAGGGACACAGACUCUGGGUUAUCCUGCUUGUUUGCUUUUGGUUACAAAGACUGAAUCUAAAACUGCUGUCAAAUUUUGGUGGCACUUCAUUUGACGCUUAUCUCGAAAACGCACCAUAAAUAUAUGUAUGUGUUAUAAUCACGUUAUAGCACUGUAUAAGUAUAGUUAUAAACACUCAUAAAUUGUCAAAAUGCUUUAUACCAAUAAUCAUAACACAUUAUAAAGCAUUUUAUCUCGACUUACAAGGUCAGGUAUUAUAAUGUGUUUCGUCGAACUUUCUUAGCUCCAUUUUAAACUUUAAGUAAAUUAAAUAGAGUUUUGCAAAAUAUCAUAGUACCUAUUGUGUUAUAUUUUAUCAGAUAUAAUAUACACUCACCAGCCACUUCAUUAGCUGCACCCAUAGACUUUAUAUAGAAUGGACAGCGUCUGCCUUCUCGCUGGGUGAAGCCCCCGCGAGAACAGCACACCCUGGUGACGGGCUGCAGUAUAGGUCAUAAAUCCCGCCUCCUCCAGCAAUCCCUGUGGAGCUGUGGACAAACUUUUGAAAUUUAUUACACAGAAUAUAAUUUUUUUCCCUCCCCUGCUUGUGAUGUUGACAUGUAGUUAUUGUAAGACUGGUUUGUGCUCAAGUCCUCUUUUUUCUGUACAGCUCAGUUUUUAAAAGUUAUUAGGGGGUUGAUUGACACUUGAUACAGCCUAUUGGCGUACAAAGAUUGUGUAGCACACCUGGGGGAUACGCUGUUUGAGCCAAGCGUCAUCAAUGCGACUCUCUGCGAUUCUCCUGCCGAAUGUGUACAACACUACUGCGCAAGUGGUGGAGAAGGUACAACGCUACUGCGCAAUGUUGGUUUCAGAAAAUAAAGGAAAAAACACGGAACUACUGAGAGCUUUUCGGUGUCAAAUCCAUAUACUGGCGGAAGGCGGAACCAAGUUGUCCUUAGUAUAUAAAGUCCAUGGGUACAUCUUGCUAGUACUGGGUUGGACCCCCUUUUCCCUCAGAACUGCCUUAAUUCUUUGUAGCAGACUUUCAAUAAGGUGUUCGAAAAAUCCCUCAGAGAUUUUGGUCCUUAUUAAUAUUAGAGCAUCACACAGGUGUCGCAGGUAUGUUGGCUGUACAUCCAUGAUGCAGGAUCUCCCGUUCCACCACAUCCCAAAGGGGCUCUUUUGGAUUGAGAUCUAGUGAUUGUGGAGCCCACUGGAGUACAGUGAGCCCACUGUCAAGUUCAAGGAAGAUGAUUUAAGCUCUGUACGUGGUGCAUUAUCCUCCUGGAAGUAGCCGUCAGAAGGUACACUGUGGUCAUAAGGGGAUGGACACGGUCAGCAACAGUGUCCAGAUAGACUGUGGUGUUAAGACGAUGCUCAGUUUUUACUAAGGCACCCAAAGUGUGCCAAGAAAAAAAGAGACCAGCCUGCCUGGUACCAACAACCAUGCCACAUUCAAAGUCACAAGAUACUGUCUCUCAUGUUGCUUUGCUGGAAUAGGAGUGAUUUUGCCACUGUGUUGGAUGAUAGAUUUUAUGCAGUUGUCAGCUUUUUGACAAAAGUAACAAAUCCUUUAAGAUUUCUGAUGUGUAAGUCACAGCACUGAUUGAUUGAUUCAUAAAAAAAGUCCUGAGCUCUUUCAUUAAAGUGUGUAUGUGUGUGUCUGUGUACUACUGUGAGUGUUUGUUACCCUUUUAUGUGCUUCAGGUUCAAUUAUUAUGCUGAAACAAGGCACUGGAAUUUUAUAAAUGUUUGCUGUUUGUGAUUAUCAUUCUGUCAGUGAUCUGAUGAGAUGACAAGUCUGAGCAUGCUGCUGGUUAGUGCGUGUGUGCGUGCACGUGUGUGUGUGUGUGUGUGUGUGUGUGUGUGUGUGUGUGUGUGUGUGUGUGUGUGUGUGUGCGCACGCGCGUGCGUGUGUGUGCAUGUGUGUUCCUUAAGCUCUGACAGGCUAAUAUGCGUCUCAGUUCCUAGAACAGACUGUUCCUUCUCUGCAAUUCAUUCCUCCAUCUCCUUCCCUUGUCUUCUUCUCCCAUCUUCCCUCAACUGUUCAUCCUCCCAUCUUCUGGUCUGUUUGAAGAGAAAUUAAUGGAGAUUUUCCUUCCCUCAGAAAUGAAAAACUGUCUCUCCUUUUUCUCUCCUCCCUUCUUUUUAUCUCUGUUUCACUCAGAAUCUCUCUUUAUCUCUUUUUUGUUCACAUGCCAGUUGGCAGCUUAUCUGCCCUGAGGUGUUUAUUGACCAGUCCUUUUUCCUUCUUUGUAUCUACCCAUCCAUUCAUCCCUCCAUUCGUUCUUCCCUCCAUCCGGCUGCUCUCUGCCAGUGCUCCCUGGUUGCAGUGCUUUGGCAGGCCUGUGGAAAGAGACUGCACCGUGUUGUUUCUGACACCUGGCCCAGCUCAGAGUACUCCUGCCCGGCUCGCUCUCCCUCUAUUGCCAAUCCAUUGGCUGAUUGGCAUCUUUCUCUUUUAACACCACAUGCUGCCUCUCAGCCAGAACAGGCAGUUUGUGGGAUGAUGUUAUGUUGCAGAAGGUUAUGAAUGAUGUCAUCUCGAUGAAGCAGGUGCAAAAUAUACUAUAUUUCAGGUCUAUACAAUUUAACUUUUAUAACUUAAGAUUUUUUUUUUAAUGAAUGAAAUGGGAAUGUAACAGAUGCAAAAUGCCAGGCCCACCGCUGAGUUAACAACCAGACUUGCAGCAUCAUGUGCUAAAAGGUUUUAAAGGUGGUAAAUGAACCUGUAGGUUCAAAUCUUUUACAAUAACCUAACAAUUCUUAUCCUGCAAUUCUUAUACCCGGACAUGUCCUCUUUUUAAGGGGGCUGUCCAGCCUGUCUGGCCUUGUUUUUAAAAUCCUUCAUAGGUCUGAGGUUUUGUAUGGAAGUUUUGAGUUUGUGUAGUGUGGACUAACUGAGUUAGAAGCGCAUAAAAUACCCUUGACCCAACCUGAAAAACCCUCAAAAUUUACUACCCGCAACUCUGUCCCGCGUAGUAGUGUCCUCUUUUUGGGGAUUCAGAAUAUGGUCACCCUAAUCAAUAUCAUAUUAGCCAAUACUGAUGGCUACAAUUUUGGUGUUGUAUCAGAAGUAAAAAAGUUAAUUCCGUGAAAGUUGAUUGUGUUGAUCGAUAAAGUUUAUGCAGUAACCUAUUGCUACACUUUCACUCUCUCCUCCUAUUGUGGCUCUGUUUUUCCAUGCAAGUGUUAUAGGAGUUAGGGGAUUUGAUUUCAAACCAGAAAACAGGCUUCAAAGAUCCAAAUUAUGAACAUUGUUGACCGUGUUUUUGAAAAUGUUCAGAUUCUUUGCAUUUAUCUGAUUGUUUUUAGGUCAUGGAGAAACAUCACUGUUAAUGUCUUUCUGCUUCAGGACCAUUACAAAAACUCCCUACAGCAGCUUUAAAUAGAAGAGUAUAUAUUUUAAAUGAUAAUGAUUAUCAGAUCAAGAGUGAUACUUUAUUUGGCCAAAAGUAUUGAUGGAUUCAUCAAUACCAGAAUUGCAAUUGACCACAUGGGAAUAAGCAUUUUACCGAGCUGCAGCAAACACCUGAUUCUUAUUGGUCAAAACAUGAUAAGCACGGCGUUUUAUUCCAAUUAGCUAAAGUAACACUAGGAGCAACAGGAUUAAAUACAUGAAAUCAGAUCAAUCCUUGAAAAGAGGACUUUUCCCAGUCUGUGUCCUGCUCUCACACAUAUUUUGCUCUGAGUUUCUUUCAUGAAUUAAAGUCAUGGACCAAAUUGUACCGGUUGUUUUUUUUUGUGCUUUAUUUCACAAAUUUGCUGCUUGUGUAACUGAUCUCAUGAGUUCUAUCAGCCUUGAGCGAUGUUGCAAAUUAAAUUGAUGCCAAAAUGAGACUUUUCUAUUGAUAGGUAAAAAGUUUCAUGUUUUUCAUUUCCAAGCCUGAGCUAGAACUCAUCAAAGAAAACCAAACUUAUGUAUUUAGGAAAGGAGGCUCUCUGGGUAACUUGUUAGUAUCAACUUAUUCAGCCGUUAUUAGACAGCUAGUGCCUUGUUCUGUUUCAGUCAGUAAUUGAAUGUCGGGUGAUAAGAAAGAAAGCAAAAAAAAAGCUGGAUUGAGUCGAGUCAAGUAAACAAAUAAACAGAAGGCUGAGAAUAAAAUUGGAUUUAAAGGAACAGACACAAAACACAUAUACGCAACACAAAAAGACAUACAUUGACACAUGUAUGAUGUGACAAGACUGUCUGUCCAUGAAACAGAGCUGUGUGUUUGGUGAUAGCUACUUUAUGAAGCCAUGAUGAGACAUGCUGUAACUGACAGGACGGCUGUGUGUGUGUGUGUGUUUAGAUUGUGUUGAUGGUACAUACAUGGUACAGCCCUGUCAGUCAUUGCACCACCCUUCAUCACCCCUUCACUGUCUCUUUCUCUCUCUCCCUCUGUAGUAUCUUCAAGUGCCAGAAACAUGUGUUAGUGAGAGCAGAGGGAUAUGUACAGAGCAGGAGAAACAAAAUGGGCAGAGUGGAGGAAAAUGAUAAGUCUAUAAAUGUAGUGUGGUCGUGGAAAUGUGUGGCGGCCAAGUAACAAAGACAUAACAGCAGAGAGCGACUGAUGUAAGAGGAGGAAAAAAGGGCAGUGAGGGAAAAGAGGGAGGAUAAAUUAAGAUGGGGAGAAAGGAAAUAAUGUAGGAAAAUAGAAAGAUGGGAGAAAAUGAGACAAAGCAAGCCAGGGAUGAGAGAAGAAGAGGAGAGGGAAGAGAGGAAGAGGAUGAAUAGGGUAAUAAUGGCUCAGUGUGAGAGCUGUUGUAGAAAAAGAGAGAACGGCUGAGUGAAGAAGAGAACAAAAUGAGGCUGAGGGCACUCAGACAGAUAGAAUUAGACACACCGCGGAGGUUCAGUGUGUGUCUGCGGGUGUGUGUUUUUUUACACAUGUGACACAGAGAGUGUGUGCUUGGGCUUUUAUGUGUUUGUGUGCUACGUUUAUAUUGUCUGUGCAAGGGGCUUUAUUCUGAGGAUGCUUUGCUAGGUUUGCCACUAGGUUUGAGUCCAUGUUUGUGAGGACAAAAAAAAUUGUUUUUUUUUUUCCAGUUUUUUUUUUUUUUAAUGAAUUUUAGGAUGGACAAAUGCAAUAGUGUUGAGAAGCUGACUGUGACUUCCAGAGAGCUUUGGAGAAUUAUUUUAGAAGUGUAAUACUCAAGUUUGUCUCUUCUCGUGUGUGUGUGUGUUUGUGUGUGUGUGAGAGAGAGUCUGGAGUAGGUAAGAGUGUAUGAGGCUGAGUGUCUGUAAAUGAGUGUGUGAUGGUGCUAAAAGACCAGAUGCCGAGUCUCACUCUAAUGCUGCCUCCAUCUUUCUAUAUUUUCCUUCUCUCUGUUUCAUACAGUUGUCGCUGACAGACCUCCUUGCUCAUUAGAAAGGUGUUUUAAUGCGACAGAGGCUUAAUGUGCUGUAGAGGUGCAUCAUAAGCUCUGUUCAUUGUGCACUUAUAAUCUUACAGCACAGGAAAUAAUCUUAUAUAUCCCUCUCUCUCCUUCUGUCUCUGGCUUCUCCUCUGUUUUUUCCAUCCUAGGCGGAGAUUGUCAAGCGUCUCAGUGCCAUCUGUGCUCAGAUCAUCCCUUUCCUCUCUCAAGAGGUGAGUGUCACUGCUGCCAGACGCAAGUACACAAAUAUGCACACAUACAUAAACAGGGUACGAUUAUUCACACCCCAGGCUUAAAGGGUAUUUUCUUUACAUUCUGAAUAAAUAUAGACCAGAGUAGAUAUGAUUUCAAGGUAGUCAGGAUGAAGAGUACAUUCAGAUUCUUGUGGUCUCCGUAUAUAUUUAAGAUUUAUUUCCUGUAAUUUUUUUAUUCUGUUGUAAUUUCAUCCCAAUUAUUGCCAUACCUCAGCGAUCAACCUCUUUUCUCUGAAUGGCAAAUCAAUAAACAAAUAAAUGAAUAUGCCCUUUUUCAUGUAAAUACACCCUAAUUUAACACAUAAUCUGGGUAAUCAUUGAUUGAAAAAAAAAAGGUAGGUAGUAGUGUUUUAUAGAGGGAAAAGGUCACUAAACAGUCAUAACAUUAUGACUAGGGCUGUUUUGGACCUGACCUAACAAGACAUGGACUCAGCUAGACCUCUCAUGGUGUGCUGCAGUAUCAGAUACAAGCAGAGAAGUCCUCUAAGUGUUGUGGUGGAGGCCUCAGUUAAUCUGACUUGGCUGUCCCACAGAUACUUGAUUGAUUUGACAUUUGUAGUCGAUGAGGAAUCAUCUAUUGCUCCAUUGCUCCAUGGUCCAUAACUAAUGGGCAGGGGUCAACAGGGACACCAAAAAUGGCCUGCAGCUUCACAGACCCGUGUACAACAAACUGUGAUGUACUUGGUAUUCAGACACCUUUCUACAGUCUACGUACCCUGGCACCAUGUGAUCCAUUCUUCUUUCUCUUUGAACAUCGAUAAGCCUUGGUCAUUUUUGACCUUGUCACCUGUUUUCCCUCCUUCGAUGAUUUGACCACUGCAGAUCAAGAACAACCAACAUGUGCUGCUGUUUUGGAGAUCCUCUGACCCGGUGAUUUGGCUGUUGCGAAAGUCGCUCACAACCUUACACAUCACCUAAACAAGCAGCUUUGAGGAUAAAAUGUUCACUUGCUGCCCAACAUAUCCCACUCACUGAUAGUUGUCAUUAUAAAGAGAUGAGCGGCGUUAUACAACUCGACUGACAGUGAUCAGAACAUUAUGGCUUAUCGGUCCAGUCAAAUCCUUCUGAAUAAGCUACAUAGAGCUAGAACCUGGUAGAUGUUUGCUGUUUUGUUGGCACCUAAUCCAGUAUUUGUUCAUGACAAACUUUAAGGCAUAAAUGAAUCAGAAAUGUGACGCACAUGUUCUCCUGUGAUUUUGUACCAAGUUGUAAUUCAAGGUGAAGAUGUUCUGUUAUUGAACACAUUUCUGUUGGUGUCAGUGAAAAGAUGAAAAAAACUUUUUAAGAAAUAAAACCAAACUUUGAAAUAUUUUCUUGAAAUUCCUCCCUGAUUUCAAGAGGACUGAAGGCUUUUUUUCUACAACAUUGGAAUGAAACUAUCUUCGAAUAGCUGCCAGCCCCAUAAAAAUAAAUUAAUUUCAUCAUCAAACAACACUAUCCGUCAAAAUAGCAUUUUUUACUUACACAUACCUCACUCUGUUAUAUGUUUCUUUGCUUAAUAUAACAUGAGUAAGAAAGAAAAGCAGGAAUAUGAAGUAAAUAUUGAUCUAACGAUAAGGUAAGUCUGUCUGCGUGUAUGUACGUGUGUGUGAGUUUACUGUUCUCGAGUGUGUUCUGAUUAUGUUUUGUGAUUGUACCAGCACACACACACAUGCAGACUGCUUUCUUUUUGUCUGGGGGUGUGAGCGUGCACUGAUGAGUUUGUUCCCUGGAGACAGGAUGGUCACAGCUUUGUCAGUUUGAUCAAUAUUGACACUUUCUGUGCGUGUGUCUUUGUGUAUUUUACAUGUGUGUUUGAGCAAUCGCGGUUGCACAUAUGCAUAUUUGCAUUUGUGUGACUGAAAACAUUGAGAUUUUGUACAAAUAAAAAUGAGUUUUCAGCUCGAGUGUCUUCGAGCUUGUGUAGGCGUGCUGAGCUGUAUGUACAGUUCCCGUGUUGGCAGUUUUUGUGACUGUGUGUCUGUUUUGUGCCAAAUUGCUGCACAAUAAAGCCAGUCAUAUUCAUGAAUCCUGCACAUGCAGAGUUUUAACUGAUGCCUUUUUACAUGUUUAUUUUGGUUUUAGUUCUAGUUGUGCUACUAAUAUUAACGCGUAAAUAAGUUAAAACGUAAAAAUGAUGUAGCUGCAACACUUUAUAAUUACUAUCCAUUAUAACUAGUUAAAAGAUCAUUAAUAAACUGUUGGUUAAUGAGUUAUAAAUGACUUGUUAACUGUAUGUUAAUGAUUUUUAAUGUACCUUAUACUAUAUACGUUGCAGCUAUUCCUCAUUUAUUAACUGUUAGUAAAUGAGAAAUAGUUACAACUCUAGAAUAAGGUCCCAAUAACAUAUAUGAACUAUUAACCAAUACUUAACAAGUCAUUAGUAAGUAAUUUACUUAUAGCUUUUUCAUUAUCUAUUACUAAUUUAUAAGGUAUAGUUAUAAAUCAUUAACAUACAGUUAACAAGUCAUUAAUAACUCAUUAAUUAAAAGUUUAUUAAUGCUCUAUUAACUAGUUAUAACAGAUAGUUAUUAUUAAGUGUCACAGGUGUAACAUAUGUAAGUCUUUGUAUUUGUCAGAUAGACUCUAUAGUUUAUUGUGUAUUCAUGUUAUAUAUUUAUGUGUGUGUGUGUUUGCGUAGCAUCAGCAGCAGGUGGUCCAAGCAGUGGAGAGAGCCAAGCAGGUCACCAUGGCUGAACUCAAUGCCAUUAUCGGGGUGAGUCAACUCUUUUCAUUACAAAAACACACACACACACACACACUGAACAAUUCUAACCAGUUGGAUUUUCCCUAGCUGAUCGAAUAAUUGUCAUUGGUAUUUGAAAUAUUGAAUGAAAUGUAGGGUAUAAAUCUGUACAUUUGAUUUGAACAAAAAGACAUUUGUUUGGAUUUUUAUCAGUCAAUCGUGUCUUAAUUUUCUCACUGUCGCUAAAUAUCUUAACAAUGUUUUCAUAGCUUUGCUUUUCUUACUGAGACGCUGAUUCCUGUUUUACAAAGCUUGAUGAAUAAGUUACGGCAGCGUUUCUGUUUGAUAUUUCUAUCAAAUGCUGUCACCUAUUUUAAGGAUGCAAUGAAUGCGAUAAAUUGCUUCAUGGAACACCUCAACUUUGCAGUACUCUGCUGCUUGUAAUUCAGAUGAGUAGGUUGUAUGUAGAUGAAUGAGUCAUGCUAUUAAACAGCCAGUUUGAUGUGGUAGCUUUUGUGCCAUGUCUCACUUCUUUUUUUCAAAAUUUGACACAAUGAUAACAUUUUAGGGGCUUUUCAGCUUUCAUCAAGAUAUUUUUUCUCUAAUGAAAAGGAUAAGCAACAACCUUAUCCCAACGUCAUACGUUUUCUUCAGUGAUAUGUUACACUACCACAUAGCCCCUUAUAUCCGCCACAGUCCAGACACAGGGAUAGAUGGGUAGCAAGCCUGUACAUCAGCAGGGUUAUAAAGUGAGUGGGCACCUCCCUUCGAUGUUGUUUCAUGAAGUUAGGUCUGAUGAAGAGCAGAGGAAAAGAGAUGUAAGAAAGAGUGACAAGGUAAGCAGAGCCAGGGUGAGAACUUCGCCAUUUAUUCUGGUCACACUGUUUUUGCAAUAGUCCACUUACUCUACAACAAAAACAGCAGGUGCAUUGCGUUAAUGAAGGUUCAGUCUCAAGGUUUCUGUGAUUUUAGCUGCUAGGAGAACAUAUGUUUUCUCUUUAGAUUAAAUUUGAGCUAAAAUACCAACUGACGCAAUUACAUUAGAAAAUACAAACCCUGAGUCAAGACUUGCAGAAGGUUUUCCACACUGAGAAUAUGCCAGCACGUAUAUUAAAUAAGGUAUGAUCAUCUGACUUAAAGGGGGAUUGUCCUGUCUGCACAUGUAUGUGUUUAUACCUACACAAACACACACCUAUACUCAGUGAUGGUCCUGAGUGCUGGAGCAGACGGGGCUUUCCAGAGCUUGUCAGAGCACUGAUCACAUUACUGUCUACUUAGAGCCCUUUGUUCUUCACAGCACUACAAACACUGCUGUCUCCAAGGUGUGUGUGUGUGUCUGCGCGCAUGUGUGUGUGAGUGUAUGUGUGUCCGACACACCACUCCGACAAAACAACCUCAAAAAAAAAAAAAACACACAUCAUAAUGCUCCCUUCAGGAUAAUAGCCUUUCUUUAUCUGUGGCUUUUCCUCUCUUUGCUCUCCUCUCUUUCCAUCCCCCAUCAUCCUCUUCUCUCUGUUUCCUCUUUGUCUUUCUCCUCUUUUUCCUUCUGGAUUUCCUCGUCUCUUUUUUGUAUUCUUUAUUCUUUAUGGCCCUGUCCUCAUUUAUCCUCUUCCUUUUGUUUUUUUUGUUUUUUUUACUCCGUAUUAUCUCUUCCUCCCUCCACUGCACACUUUCCCUCCCCUCUUCCUGUGCUCAUUUACUGUCUCUUCCUAUCUUUCUUCUCCUGCUCGUUAAUUCUCCUUCACUUUUCACUGCUUUCGUCUUGUUCCUCCCCAUCAUUUACUCUGUGACUCAAACAUUUUCUUUCCCCUCUUUCACCCGCUCUCUGUGUUUUUCCUUGGCCUCUUUCCGUCGUAUUUCCCCUGCUUUUCCUUCAUCAUAAAUCCCACUCUUCGGCUUACUCUUUUCUUUUUUUCCCUCCUCUGUUUCCAUCUCCAUUUCCCUGUGUGUCAUGAGCAUUUAAUUUCCUUCUCCCCUUCUCCUCUUUUCCUUCUUUUCGUCCUUGGUGUCCAUCUUUCUCACCUUUUAAUCCACUAAUCUCUUUAACAUCCUAUCUUCCCUCAUCUUAUUUUCCUCUCUUGCUGUCGAGCUGUCCAUGUGGAUUUGAUUUCAUUUCACUUCCCUCUUUUCUCCUUGCUAUCACACAUCCACCUUUCCAAACACAACCUCUACUUCCCCUUGUACUUUUGUCCUCUUCUUUGGUAUUUAUUACUGUUUCUUAUCCCUACUUUCUCUCCUCUUAACAAUGUUUUCUAACAACCAACCUCUCUCCACAACACCGACCCAUCCCUCCUUCCCUCCUUCCCCGCUCCUUCUCUUCCCUGUGGCCACAGCAGCAGCAGCUCCAGCACCUGUCUCACCACGCCCCUGGCAUCCCCCUAACGCCUCACCCAUCAGGCUUGUCCCUGGGUGCAGGGGGCUCAGGGCUUCUUGCGCUUACCGGGGCUCUGGGUGUCUCGGCUCAUCUUGCCUCCAAAGAUGAGAGGAAUCAUCUUGACCCUGAACACCUCAGAGGUAAAGAGCUUCAAGACUUCCUCUAUUCUGUCUCUAAAUGCAGGUUUAAAUUAUGUGUAAGGGGGUAUUUUACAACCGAGGACCAUUCACAAAUAAAGUCAGACCCAUGAAAACAUCUUAUGAGUUAACAGAAUCUAAAACUGUGCCACCAAAGAGGAGCUUGACUUUCUGUCUUAGAUGUACAGUCAGUGGCAGCCUGCCUCUGUUUACCAAUAGACAGUAUCAACUUUAAGAAACGUACCGGGAGAGGUCUGCUUUUGCUGCAUUUUUGACCAGUUUUCAUCUCUACCUGGCUUUUGUUUCUGGCUUGUAGUACCUUAAAGGUAGACAUAUCUGAGUUUGUCCAUUUAAAGGGAUAUUCCGGCGUAAAACUAAGUUAGGGUCAAACACACCAUAACACAGAGUCUGAAUGUUGCCGACUGCUUGCUUCUCCAGUUAUACCAACUUUAGUAAUGACCGCACGAUAGCAAUACACAGCGGUCUACGUUUCCAUAUUCAAACCUUAACCAAAAAGCCACUCUAUAGUCACAGAUAAAUGCUCAGAACAGCACCUAACUUCAUCAACAGUACAUAUAGGGUCCCAGACACAGCACUAGCUAUCAAACAUCUUUUUAACUUUGCCUAAUUUCUUUAGCAAAGAGACCAAACACAACUCACCUACUCUCUUCCAGCAGCCACUUGUUUGUGGGGGAGCCCUUACGAGUUGAUCACCAAGUGCUGUUGAUAAAGUUAGGUGCUGUUCUGAGCAUUAUUUGUGGCUAUAGAGUGGCUUUUUGGUUGAGGUGUGGCUCCUUAGACUGCUGCGUAUUGCUGUGGAGCGGUAGUUUAAGUUGAUAUAACUAGAGAAACAAGCGGUUGGCAACAUUCAUCUCUGAAGGGGGUGUCAAACUCGGUGUUAUUGUGUGUUUCACCCUAACUUAAUUUUACACCGGAAUAUCCCUUUAAUGUGGCUUACAUUAGGUGUAAUGAGAUUCUUUGACAAAAUACAUCCAAGAUACGAGUGUUUUGCAGUGAUUUACCUCUAUUUGAGGUCAGUUUUUGCAGAAACAUUCACUGUUCAAAGUCACUCUCACCAUUGCACAUUUUUCAUGUGAAGCAAGUUCAGGACAAGUGAGAUAUAAGUAAUGAGAAAAUACUCAAAAUAAAACAAUAACACAUGCAUGCAAGAGUGAUGUUUUCUCUUCAGAAACAAUCUUAUAUUUUGUAUGUGGACGUGUUCAUUCAGAGUUUAUUUCAAUUCUUUUCCCUAUUCGAUAAGGCACAAGUCUGGAGCUCUGACGACAGCGGCAGAAUAAGAAACAGAUAAUUUUAUUAUUUCAGUGCAGAUAAAAUGCAAAGCAACACCAUACAUCAUCUGUGACUGGCAGCUUUUGAGUCAGUUAUACAGCAAGUCACCUUUUGGACUGAAUUUGAACCUCAUUGUUUAGACUGCUGUCAUAAUAUGGACAGACGUAUUCAAGCCACUUGUGUAAAUGCAGGAAAGACGUUUUCUCCCCGCGAACUCUCAGUCACCCUGAUACAAUAUCUUAUCUUCUCUCUCUGUAUCAGGCACCAAGCCAAGAGAGACUUUCUCAUGAAUAAAGCCAGCUAGAAAGAGGAGAAAAUGAAGAAACGAGUGAAAGAAGAAAGGGAGAGAGAUAGAGGGAUCAGUGUGCUCAUAUUGGAGUGUUAAGCAUCUGUGUGAGAGUUUAUUCAUGUCUGUAGCCGUGUGUCUGAGUGUGUUUGUGUGUGUGUGUGUUCUUACAUAUGAGAGGAAGAAUGAGAGUAAAGAUAGUAAAUGUUGAAAGAGGCAGCAGGAGAAGACAGCGAGCUUUGUCUGGUGAAGAACAGAGAGAAGGAAAGAUAGAGGGGAGACAGGGAUCAGGCACAAUAGUGGGUCUGUAUCUCUAUUAGAGAGGAGCAGUCAUAGUUCGGUCUAACCUUGGCUGACUGGGGGGAAUGUUGUUAUUAUUAUUAUCAACACUGACGUCAAACUUUUUCUCUUUUCCCUUCUUCUCCUCUUUGACUCUGUUUCUCUGCCCUGUCCCAGAGGGAGCGCCCAGCAGGGUGAGUAGCUGUAGUGUGCUCACUUUUUAUGUGUAUGUGGGCGUGUGACAGUGAUAAACCGAUGGAAAUGGAGACGCAAUGUAAAGUGGCCGCUAAAAAAAAAAAAAGGGCUGUGUGCUGCUGGAGCUCGGCCAGGAGUAGCACCGCUCCAUGCCAGCACAAUAGCCGUCCGGCGCUAUCAACCUUGAGCUUCUCAAGGUUUUCUGCAUCACACCAACAUCCGAGCUCACAGUGUUUUUCGCUGUUAUCUGCAGGAAAGGACAAAUUGAGUGGAUGGAUGAACAAGCAACUGUUUUGUUUAUCGGCUGCACAAAUGUUCUGGUAAUCUACAAGACUUACAGAACAAGAGCAAGGAUUAAAACAUAGAUGGAUGGCUUACUCCCCUCAAACAACUUGGUUAGUGUCUGUAAAAACUUGUUUAAAAUACCACCUUAAAACAACCUAGCAGUAUAAAAUCGCCACUGCAGGAGUAUUAAUAAUAAUAAUGAUAAUAAUAAUAAUAACAAGUUUAUUUAUAUAGCACUUUUAAAAACAAGAGUUUACAAAGUUUUUUAACAUGUUGGAAAACAAAGAAGAUAAAAACAACAACAACAAGUGAACAGUUGGGGGAAAUGUCACAUUUCUGGCAUGUCACAUGAGCUGAGACGUCAUAAAACGAAGACAUUAACCCGUGAUACCAAGCCAACACAGUAACCCAAUCACAAAAAACUGAGACGAGAAGAGAGAAGAAUUAAAGGUUUUAAAGAUGACAAAAUCAUUUAAAAGCAAGUCUAUAAAAAUUAGUUUUGAGACGUGUUUUUAAAGGCAGUGACUGUUUCUGCACUCCUGAUGGAAAAGGCCCUGUCACCUUUAUGUACAAGUCUCGACUUUGGAAUGACCAGGAGGCCCCCACCCGAGGAUCUCAGGGUGUGGACUGGCUCAUAGGGGGUUAAAAGUUCUGUCAUAUAGAUUGGAGCCAGACCCUGUACUGCCUUAAAAGUAAUGAGUAAAACCUUAAAAUCAAUCCUAAAACUGACUGGAAGCCAAUGUAAAGAUGCUAAAAUAGGGGUAAUGUGAUGUUGUCUGUUAAAACCAGUCAGUAUUCUUGGUUCCUGAUGAAAACAGUCUAUUGAAAUCAGCUCAAACUAUAGCCGGUAAACUAUCAAUCAACUGUAAAACAUUUAAAUUUAGACAUUACAUGAAAAUAAGUAAAGAUGUGGGAACAAUGCUUUAUAGAAGAAGAAUUAAAUAUAUAAUAAUGAUAAAGUGUGUGUCAUAAUGAAGGGUUACCGUCAACCCAAACAAUUCAUUAUUAUACAUGUUCCUCUUUGUUGACCUGCCUGUCUGUUUUUCCCUGUUGUAUGAAAGUGUGUUCACUCUGCCAUCAGUUAUACAGACAGACCUAACAGUCCUUUAAUUAGGUGGGAAGGUGAAAUGUGACAGGAUGGACAAUAGCCAUCCUUUCUGAAUUCAGUGAAUGCAGCACGUACUAAAACAUGAUACGUAUACAAGAGCUCAUCUGGCCUCACAGGUUUUUCACAUAUUUCAUGUCACCGUAGUUUGAAGUUCCUGUUAAUUGCCUGGAGAAUUAAUGCAGCGAAAAUAGGCUGAUUGAAAUUCAGUGAACAUCAUCUACGGUUUAUUCUCUUCUCUCUUUGGCCGUUUUUAUGAAAGCUGUGUGAACACUCCUUUACUGUACGGGCUGCAUUGGACAGCUGGCCUUCACCAGUGUGAUUGUUGAUAACACAGGGAGGAAAAGAGAGCAAACGAGGGGGGAGGGCUAGGGGGAGAUGAAGAGUGAAAUUGGAAAAGGAAAAAAAAAGAGAGCGACUGAAUAGGAAGGGAGGAAAAUAGGGAGGGAACGGUUGUUAAAAAAAAAAAAAAAAGUACAAAAGUACCAGUAUGUCUUUGUUCUGGUUUUAUUGUGAAAUUAAAAUGAUUUAAGAGCGCUACUGACUUGACUUUCCCUCCCUCGCAUUCAAUCUGCAAUGAAACCCUUAGCAUAAUUGAAUUGCUAAACACAAUGCUGAUUGUUAAACACCAGGAAAAUAUUUCUCUUGCAAGCUGGUGCUGAACUUAGUGGAGCCUUACAGCGUUUGAGAAAGGAUAAGAGGAAAGGGAGGGUAGGAUGCACCCCAAUCAGGAUUACUCAAAGAGUCCUGCAGGAGUCAAACAUGGAGGAAUUAUAAACAGCGGGGUAAGGAGGGACAGUGAGAGGAAGUGAAAAGCAAAAGGGGAGAAAGAGGAGGAGUACAAGAGGAGAGGAAAGUUUUUGGAGCGACACUGUGCUUCAUUGUGCGGUGUCUUCUCCCUCUACCCGGCGCUCCUUCCUGUCGGCCCCCGUGGGCUCCUUCCUGUGUGACUCAUUGGUGUGUUAAAACUUCACUGUUCUUGUCCUCCCCACAGCGGGGACAGAGAAUGAUGAGUGGCCCUCAUCGAACCUCUGGCCUCUGUCCUGAUGCUAAAACAACACAAUGCUUUGAUCGGCUCUUCUGAGCAGAGGGCCGGCCCGUCUUGUAAAUACGCCUGCACAGCUUUAUUGCCAAUUAAUGAGAGUCAUAUUUUACACGGGGACGGGUGUGUCCGAGGGAGAGCACUAAUUAGCUGUAUCGGCUAUUUUGUGUGCUUCUAUGGUGACUUUUUUACCUGUGCUUACGUCUGCUGUUCUCAUGUGUGUGUGUGUUAUGUUAUCAUGAGUGUUUUUAUGUCUUUCUCCUUCUGCGUGUGUCUCCUUUUUCUUUACCCUCAGCUCAUGUCCAAACUGCAGAUUGACUGUGUUUGCAUGUUUUUUGUUUUAUGCGUUCACUCAAUGCUGACUUUGCAUGCAGACUUUUUUUUAAUGAUCAGAUUUUACAGUCUUGUGUCAGAUGUGUCUUUAUCACCUGUCUUUACUGUUGCAGCAACAAGCAUCUUGGUGUCUAUCCAUAUGGUUGCGCUCUUGUCUCUCCCCAGAGUAAGUCGGUAUCGUCAACAGACAGUCAGCCCAACGAGGAGCGCCAGGGCCCAUCGGGGGGCUACUCUUCCUCGCAAGGAGGAGCAGAGGCGAAGAGGAGGCGCUGUGACGACAAAGAGUCUCUUCCCCCACACUCCUAUGUAUGUGUUUGUGCGUCCUUGUCCUAAGAUAAGAAACAGUUUGGGGUUAAAUGAGGCCAUGUUGAAAUAUGUGAGUGUGCAGCUGUUCAUUUAGAUUAAAUUUAAGUAUGCACCGCCAUUAAUGUAUCACUCUUAUCAUCAGUCUUAUCAAAAAGUUUACAGAAAGCCACAUAAACACUGUAAAGAUGUCUGGCCUGUCUGUGUAGUUACAUCUCUGUGUGUGCGCGUGUGUGUGUUUGCUCAUGAGGAGUGACAUUAUAGGCCACCCAGAGGUAAGGGGACCCCUGGCCAAUCCGAGCCGUGUUUGUCUUGGAUGGAUCCAAUGUGGGGAAGAGCGGGGAGCCAUAGGCGUUGUAAUGCCAGAAGAGACGGCCAAGGCAGAUAGCCGUAAUGAAUAAGAUAGCUGUGUGUUUGCAGUCUGGAGGAUUGAUUGACACUGGGAGGUCUGUCUGAGCAAGAUGGCCUCCAGCUAAAUCAGUUUGGCAUCAACAACAACAGUCCAAAUCUCGCUAUUAGUUCAGAGCAGCACCACGCACAGAUAGUUUCCACUUUCUGAAUGUUUUCCCUCUCUUUCCGUCUGUCGGGGAGCAUUACAGCCUCCAUUUCUCUCUGCUUGCAUUCUGCUUUUCUAUCGCUCUCACUUUUCCAUCAUCUCUCCAUUUCCCUUCUUCUUUUUUCACUGUUCUUUCAGUUUUUCAUUUUAUAACAUUUCUCAUGUUUGAUUUGCAACGUUUUGAAUAAUAGUUUUACUUUUUUUAUUUCCUUUUCCAUCUCUUCUGUCAUAUUCUUUGUCCCUGUAUUUCUCUUUUUUUAGUCUCUAUCUUUCUCUUUUUUUAACUCUUCUCCUUUCUCUCACUUGCUCAUUCACUUUCUUUUUCUAUUUUUUCUCUCAAUCUUCCUCUUUCUCUGUAUCUCUUUCUCAGUCCCUCGCCGUGUCUCUCUCUUUUAGUCUUUCUCCCUCUCAUCUGUCUCUUUUACUCUCUUUUUCAUCUCUUCCCCCCUCUCUCUCUCUCUCUCUCUUUCUCUAUCUUUAUUCCUGUCCUAGGAAUAGACUGUAGACAUAGCCUUGUUUGGGCUCUGUAUAAUUAGGUACUGAUGUCACUCCACACUGAUGUCAAUAGAAAUAUCAGGCCAUGAUCACAUCAAAGCUCUGUUGCCAUGGUGACUAAGUGCCAUCGUUCUCACCCCGGAAAAAAAAGGGCGAGCAAUGUGGAGAUGUGGAGAGAUGACUAGACAAAGAGCAAAAAUGUGCCACGGAUGGAGAAAGAGCAACAGUGUUUGUGUGAGGAUGAGAGAGAGGGGGAUGGAAAACAGGUUUUGUAUGAGGGAGAUGUUUGGACCUAUACACCUAUGGUGUGUGUAUAGUGUCUUUGUGUUAAAUGUUGCAUGGUGGACAGCCAGUGAAAGGAAGCAAAGAGCAGCUAGUGAAAUUGAUAUAUUGAUCUGUGUGUGGACUCUGGUGUUUUGUGUGUGUUUCCAUCUGUAUUAUUAAAGUUCUCUGUGUACAUAUACAGUAUGAUGCAUGUCUGUGUGGGCUAUGUCACAUUUCAGCUCUUCUUUUAUCACCAGGACAGUGAUGGAGACAAGAGUGAAGACAAUCUUGUGGUGGACGUCUCCAAUGAAGUAAGUUAUCUUGCUGGUACUUUUAGGCUUAAAGCUCCAAUGUGAAACUCUCUAUCUGUGUUGACCUUGGCGCCCCCUGUGGACAAACCGAUUACAUCUCAUCUCAUUGAUAAUCUUGCCCUUUAGACAUUUAUAUAUAUAUUUUUUUUUAAGUUUAGAAGAUAUAUCCUGCUGUUGUUGACCUUUGUUCAAGUUUGCAGUAGGAUACAUAAACAAACUGUUUCUGUAUCGCUCUGGUUGUGUUAAUAGCCUUGUCUGACACCUUCCUUUUUACACUGUUUUCAUGUGGUUAUAUCUCUAGGAAGAAUUGAUCUUUGCUGCUGAUGGUCUCUUUUGCUUUUAUAGGUUAUCUAGAGGCAUCAGAGUUAAUAUAAGUUUUUUUCACACUCAGCAAAAACUCUUCACAGAAGCUUUUAAGUGACCAUUAAACAUACUUUUGCCAAAUUGUAUUAUUACAUUAUGUUUUGCAUAUGAGAGGGAAUUCUUUGAGGAUGUAUGUACCCCCUCCCACAUUUACUGAAUCUGAUCUUUGGGUCUGCCUAAAAUCUGUACUUUCUUUUCACUCUGUUUGUUCUCCGCAGAUGGUUGAUGAAUAAAAUUGUUGAUUUAUCUUCAGUACAACACAACUCCUGCUUAACCUCAUUUGUAACAAGACAAAAUAAGCAACUAAUUUAUAACUAACGUCCUUGCAGCUACAUAGACGAGACCAUGUGGAUGUUAAACUUUCCACCAAGAGGCCUGAGAACUUAGUUUUUUGCUGGUUUUAAAACAAACAUCUUUAGUUUUAUAUAUGCUAACAGUUCAGGUCACCCUUUAAAUAAACACAUCAGCUUUGAGGUAAGGUGAGAGAUUUCAACCAGCUGCUAACCACUUAUCUUUCCUUCCCCUUAAAGGAUGUUUGAGAACAUAUCUAGGCUGCAAAAGAUUAGAGUAGAAUUAAAAAAAAAAACAAGGAUUGUACUCUACUUUUGCUUUUUAAGUCUUCAUAUUAGUUUUUUAAUACCAAACAUGAAAACUGGAGUCUUAAUAUAUUGCAAGGGAUCACAAACCACAGGACAUACUGCUUGUAUCAGAGUUAUUGAGAUUUCAUUAAAAUAAUUAGUGGUUAGUUGAUCAUUUACUCCUUCAAAAAUUCAACUGUCCUAUUCAUGUGUUUUCUAUACUUUUUCUGUCUCCACUAUGGAAAAUAUAAUUCUCAGGACUCAAACUUCCCUGUAUCUCCCUUCCCACACACACCUCCUCACAGCUACGUCCUUGUGCGAGAGCUGUACAUCCCUGUUACAGAAAGUAUCUUUGAUUCCCUCACAAAGCAAAGUGUUACAGGCUUCCUUGAUCUGACGGCAGCUCUCUGACUGGGUUGCAGCCCACACAUGAAUUAAGCAUGAGUCCGAUGAUUCGAGGAACAGUUCUGCUGACAGGAAAUAACUAAAGCUGUUUUUUUGCAGCCUAAAACCACCCUGUGUACUCUGCAUUACCCCCAUCAGUCCAGCUGUUGUAGUUCAGUUUACAAGUGUGCGUCACAGUGUGUAUAUGUGAGUAAGUGUGAGGUCAUCUUUGAAUUCAUUUUACCUCAUGUAAAGGUUCAUUUUUGAUCAUUGCCAGUAUUUUUGCAUUUUGUGUGUGUUUUAAGACAUUUACAGUCUCUAUUUGGUUUCUUAGGUUGAGGCAAAAUUGGAGUGUUUUUUUGUGAGAUUAAAGUAUCCUGAGGCACUGCCGCCACUAAUACGUUUUGCUGAAAGAUGUGUGAAUUUAAAGAUAAUUGCCUGAAGUGGCAGAAGGAGCUAUCUUUGCUGAGGACUUGAACAUUUAAAAACAACAUUAUUUAUAUUUACAAAAAUGUCUCUUGGAUUUAACGGAUGAAAGGGUUUCCACUGCAACAGAUCAAUCUUGCAAGACAAGUUAAACCAAGUAUUUCAAUUCAUGGUCAAGUUAAAACAGAUUUAUGUCAGAUUAAUUUGACAUGACGUGCACGUGGAUCAGGCUAUCCCCUAUUUUGCUUCUGCUGUUGAAAAAAUUUCACCCUUUUAGGUUUUGACCAACCAGAAGCAGGUAUUUAACACAGAUGAGUAAUAGUUGAUUUGAUCAAAUUUUAAACGUUUUCUGAAAUGUAAAAAGAAAAUGUGCAAAACCUAAAGACCUUUUCUCUAAAUCACAAAAAGAAUGAAAAAAGAAGCAAAAUAAUCACACUAAGUGAAUUUUACUGAGUUUUUCACAUUUUUCCUGUAAAGUAAAUGAAUUAAAUUGCCUGUCAAAUUAGUCUCAUUUCCUGAAGGUUAACUUAUCAGGUUCCCAUUCAGCUCGACAAUCUUUGACAUUAGACAUCGUGGUGUUUUUGGUCUUGUUUGCUUACUAGAUAUCUUGAUUUAAUUGAGGUGUCUAUAGCAACCUUGUUUUGCUCUUGUGGUUGCGCAUGUGAGUAUUGCGUUCAUCUGUGAAAUGUGAAGCCAGUCAGCAGUAUGUACCUAGUUCAGCUUUCUGCUGCAGUUUCCUUGUAAAUAGGAAGAGCUCCUGUAAGCUCAUUAUCAGCCGCUGCUGUUUGUAUUCUUAACUCGUGAAACUGAUUCUGUCCACACAUGCAGGGCACACACACACACGCACACACACACACACACACAUAUUCACAGGUACUUGGUCGACAGCUCUUCUCUUCUGCCUCUUACAUGUAUACGUUUGUUCUCUGUCUGACCUCUUAAAGCUCCUCUUCUUCCAUCUUUCCAAGGUCUGUUUCUUUUCAAUCCCUCUUUACUACAUCUUUCAUCCUGCUCCACCUCCCCCUCUACUCCCCCCUUCUCUCAUUAGAUAACCGCAGUCUGCUUCAUUCAAUAUAUGUAAAGCCGUUUAUGCCCCCGGAAUAUUGUAGUUCUUUAAAUACUUCACACAGUGUACAGAAAUAUGUUUUAUCUGAGCCCGCUCUAUUUUGAUAUCGCACACUAAAGCAGAACUGGUCUCUUGUGUUAUUUGAAAACUGGUACAAAAGCAGAAAGAACACAAAAAGACAAAUGUGGGUAAUGGCAGAAAAAAGGAGGGGAAUUCUCUGGUGGAUGAUGUGUGCGCGUAUGUCUGUGUGUGUCUGUGUGUGUUAAUCUGAAUGUGUCUGUCUGUGUGUUUUAGAGACAAUACAAAUGCAUGUUUGAACAUCCAAGCUUGUGUGUAUGUGGGUGCAUUUCUUCAUGCAGCGUAAACGUGUGUGUGUGUGUGUGUGUUUGUGUGUAAGCUCCUAAGCGUGUGUGCUGAUCAUUGUGACCCAGUGAGAAAUGCUUACUCCAGCACUACUUCUGGGGGAGGCAGCGCCGGCUCGACAAUGUCUCCGGUGAUGAAAGUAGCUGUAACAGCAACACUAUCUGCAGCUCCACACACGGCUGUAACAGUGACAGCGACAAUCUCUGCUGUUUCAUGUAACAUGUCGUUAUAAUACAGACUGUGACACUGGGACACAUAUUUUAUGUAUCCAGUAAGAAUCGGAAGCGUUUCACAGCUACACACAAUAAUUUCAGUCCACAGCAAAGUCUAUCUACUUCAUUUAAUUUUUAACACUUUUGUUGCUUUAAUCAUUUUUUUAUAUCAUGGCUUUAUAUUAAAGACAAGCUUAAUAAAGUUUUCAUGUGAUGGGAUAUACCUGCUGCAGCUACCAACACAAAAUAUUCAGAUGAAAAAGGUGAUCCAAAAAAGAAAAGGAAAAAAAAAAAAAGGAAAGGUGCUGCUUUUAUUUGGAGCGUGUUGCAUCAGGAACCUGUGAGACAUUUAUAAACCAGGAAUUCCUGUUGUGGUCAUGUAGCUUUGAAGUUUUACUCAUCAGUGAAAAUACCACACAGAGCUUUAAAACUGUUCUGUAGGGGAUUUUUUGCAACGUCACAGCAAUAUAUUAAGUAGUGGUUGUUGGAAUUGCUGCAAAAAUUACUUCAUAAACUCUAUAUCAUCAAAAAAGGACAAAAAAAAGAAGAAAGAUAGGAUAAGAUAAGAUGUUCGUUUAAAAGUCCCACAGGGGGGAAUUCCAAAAUUACAGCAGCAUACAGACAUACAAAGAGAAAUUAAAGGAUAAAGAAACCUUAAUUUUAAGUUAAGUAAAAAGAAAAAGAUAUGUAUAUGAGUCAUAUGUACAUGUGUACAGAAUAAAAACAAUAAUAUGGUUUAUUGCACACUGAGGUUUCUGUUGUGGGGUCUGGAUAGAUGCAGGAAGGAGUGACCUGCGAUAGCGCUCCGCCACACACUUCGGUUGUAGCAUUCUGUCCCUUAAGGAGCUCAAAACAACAAAAAACAAAAAAUACAACACAAACAUUAGUUGGGACCUUCUCUUGUUUGCAGUCAUGACAGAGCUUGAGAUCAUUUUUCUUAUCUGUCACUCAGGAGCCUAACUCACCUGCGGGCAGCCCUUCUCACUCUCCCCAUGGGAACGGACUGGACCGGGCCCCCACCCUGAGAAAAGAGCUUCCAGGCUCCUCGAGCACAGGAGAGGCCCCCUCCACCCCAAACCCCCGCAGCCCCACCCCAGGGAAGGCCAAGGACCCUGCACAGGUGAGACAGAAGGAUAGAUUGUUUGUCAGGGAGUGUCUGUCUAUUGACUCUCCCUUCAGGGAUCAAUAAAGUUCUUCUUCUUCUCUCUGCUGAUGGUUUUUUUAGUUUGUGAUUUUCAGUCAUUUGCACACUCCUGUUACUCUGUCCAUCCCUGCCACAUGUCUGUCCACCAUUUGGUUUCUUUCUUUUGGAAAUGAAAAUAAAAAACAGAUAAAUUUUUACAACUAAUGAUUAUUGUCCAGUUUUCCAUGUCUUAUUAAACCACAUGCAUGGCCACGUCGAUGCACGUUCACACUUCAAAUAGUUGUUUUAGGGGAGUAAGUCAUGUGUUUGUUUGUUUCUUUGUUGAUUGACCCCUCUACAGAUGGAUAAGUCCCAGUCUCCCUUGUCAAAGUCUGGCACCCCUUCCCCGUCCCACCGUGAUGCCCUCACCCCCGGAGCACCAGGAGCGCCUGGACCCAGCACCUCCUGCCUUCGUCUGGUCAGCAAAGCAGCAUCCAGUGCAGACCCCCUUGGUGAGAUUAUCUUUAGACGAGCUUAAUCACGAGAAUUGACAAAUACCCUCUGAAUGGGUAAAUUUUAGCAAACAAGACUUUGAUUUAAAAAACUCUCAGAGCAUGGACUGAAAUCUAGAGAGAGAAAAAUUCAGAAAUAUAUUUCAAAUAAAAUCUGUUCUGGAUGAAAAAAAAAAAUCCCUCUUGUGUUUUACUGUCUUUAACUGAAACAACCUGAACUGGUAUAUGCAAGUCUUUCUCUGUCCUUCAUGUCAUACAACCUCUCACCCCUCUGUUUGGCCUUUUCCUUAUUUGUUUUAGCCUUUUAGGGUGAAAUAUAAAAAUUGUAUUCAUAGAUUUUGCACGUAACAAAGACCCAGACUCCUCCUGACAUUGUGUCAAUGUUUGAACAGAAAAGUUUAAAAGUUUUCCAUGUUUCUCAGCCCUUAUGUGAUUGCAUCUGUGUUUGUAUGGUAUCCCCUCUUUACUUCCAUCCUUCAACCCCUCCUUCCUCUUUCCCUCCCUCCCCAGCUCUCCGCAGUCCCAUGUCUGUGCCCCCUGGUUCAUACCCAGCUCACUUUGGCGUGGUGUCCCACGCAGGACUGAACGGGGAGCUGGCCAGCCCCGGAGGCUUCGGAGGUGCUCUCACUCUCUCCCCACAGAUCAGCGCAGCAGCAAACGCCUACUCCCGAAGCCCCAUGGUGAGUAAAGGCCAAAUUAUUCUCCUCUGUCAAAGUUUGAUUUAUUGUUCAGCAUCAGAUCCCUCGGACUGUCAGAGCGGCGAGAGAAAGUAGAUGAAUGUGUUGAGCAUUAUCAUGUAGUGCUGUGCAUUCAUUAUGUACUCAAAGCUGCCUUUUUACAUCAGUUUAAUAGAGAGUGAAAGAAAGAGAAUUUUGUAGUUUUGUAGUUGAACUUGCUUACGAUAUCUGGAUCACAGCAUCACAGAUCAAUGUCAGCACAAUCACAUACUUCUCAUAGUUUUUAUUGACUUUCUAGUGAAGCUUUUUUAUUUAUUAUUUAUGCUCAGGAUAUUUAAUCCCUUUUUAUAUUGUCAACCAUAAAGUGGAGACCUUUACCUUUAUAUUUAUCAUAUUUCCUCCUGAUUUUCUGAGUGUUAUUUGUUCUGUUUUUAGUUUCCGAGCUAGUCGCAGUCAAGCUGAUGAUCGUAUCUCUGCUCUGUUGUCUCCACCAGGUGGCAUAUGACUCUCGGUCUCAUCUGAGGGCCCCCGGGCUUUCCUCCUCUCUGCCUGGUUCCUCUGGUGGCAAACCGUGAGCAUCUAUUUUCUGUAACAUUAACAUACAGUGAAAACAGCAGUUAUGCAGCAUAAACAAGGAUUCACAGAGGGACUGAAUCUCAUUUCAUCUGAUACAUUUGUUAAAGUAACUUUACUGAGUUUGGGUUGAACAGCUUUUUUUCCCUCCAAUAUAAUUUACAUGUUUAAUAUUGUGCAGAAUACUCUCCAUUUACACAGGCUGUUUCAGUUUGUUCUCAGUGAAAGUGGGUAAAAAACGAAACAUGUAAAAGCUGAGAAAGAUAAUUAUGUCAGACUGAAAAAGGAAGUGCUCACAGAUAAUGGAAAAUAUUUUUAAUUGAUUUAGACCCAGACACGUUGGAGUAUUCCUUCCUAGCUGCUCAGAUUUUGUAACUUCACUCGGUUUCUUAUGGUGCUGCACAUCAACCUUGUCUCCCAGCCGGAGACCUGCAUACUCUUGACACUGCUCAACAUCCAGGACACUUGCAGACGGUCCAUUCUGCUUUGCUGAUUGAGAAAUUGUGUUGUUUUUGUCAUUUUCUGCAGAGUAGCAAUUCAUUCUUGCAGUGCUAAUUUGAAAUCAUAAAACAGCCUCGGCUUCAGUCUGCUCCACUAUUGAUCGGCCAUUAGCAAUGCCACACUGCCUCUGCCCUGUAAUACAAUCUGCUAUUAUGCAUUCCCACCCACAGCUACAGUGGGCCAAGUAAUUUGCUGAAUUUAGGCAAAUAUUACCAGAGUUACAAGGUCGUUAUAGUUUGGUCUGACUCUUUAAAACUUGCACAUUUUUUUGUUGUCUUUGUAUAAUCUUUUUUUUUUUGCCUUUUUCACCUCUGCUCUCGUUUGAUUCUGUCUUGUCUCUCCUGUUUUUGGCCUUUUCCUCAAGUCCUUCAAUCUUAUUUUAGUACAAACAAGUCAUAACUUUCCUUCUUUCCAGCCGUAGCGCUUCAGUUGGGUAUUGAUUUGUUUCUGUUCCCCGUCUCUCUGUUUUCUCUCCAGCGCCUACUCGUUCCAUGUUAGCGCAGAUGGACAAAUGCAGCCGGUGCCCUUCCCCCCUGACGCCCUGCUGGGCCCGGGAAUCCCUCGCCACGCCCGUCAGAUCCACAGUCUGAACCACGGAGAGGUGGUGUGCGCCGUCACCAUCAGCACCUCCACGCGUCACGUCUACACUGGAGGUAAAGGCUGUGUCAAGGUGUGGGACAUCAGCCAACCGGGAACCAAGAGCCCCAUGGCCCAGCUGGACUGUCUGGUGAGUCAUGAGAAAAAGUGUGAAACAAGCGCAGAUGAGUGAUAAGGGGAAAUACUCAGAUGGUGUGAGGAUGCAGUUUGUUUCCUUUUAUGUAUAAUUACUGUUUUAUUGUUUCCAAUCAGAACAGGGAUAACUACAUCCGCUCCUGUAAAAUCCUCCCUGAUGGACGGACCUUGAUCGUGGGUGGUGAGGCCAGCACGCUGUCCAUCUGGGAUUUGGCCACACCCACUCCUCGCAUCAAGGCCGAGCUGACGUCAUCUGCUCCCGCCUGCUACGCUCUGGCCAUCUCUCCAGACAACAAGGUGUGCUUCUCCUGCUGCAGCGACGGCAACAUCGUCGUCUGGGACCUCCACAACCAGACUCUGGUCAGGUAAGAGACGAGAGGGAGGGCGAAAUAGUGGAGGGAAAGGAGAAAAGCACUUACAAAAUUUGCCUCCCAAAAUAGAUCCCAGACAGAAGAGAGAGGGAGGUGAGGGGGGAGAAAGGCUGGAGGAUGUGGAAACAUUUCAGGAACCUCUUCCUGAGGAGAAAAGAGAAAAAAGAUGUAAAACAUAGAGAAAGAGAGGGGAAAGGCAAAAUCAUUGAAGUCUAGGACUUCCUUACCUGACCCUAUCGUCAGGUAAGCAGAGCCUUAAGGGGUGUGGAUGAGAUAAAACACUGAAUUCUGGUUAGGUAGGGUGUUGAAGAUGGUAGACUGUGGUGAGAAAAACAGUAUUCAAGAGAAAAAACAGGAUCCAGGUGUGAGUUAGGAGGGGGCAGAAGGUGCUACAGGGGGUUAGGAUUAAAAUAUAUUUAGUCUGACACCCCCGAGGAGAAAUGAAGCAAAUAAACACACAGCACGCCAAGACUACAGAGUGUGUGUAUGCAUGUGUUUGUGUUCGUCUGUGAAGCUUUUGUGCGUCUCCUCCCCUGUAGGCAGUUCCAGGGCCACACAGACGGAGCGAGCUGCAUCGACAUCUCCAACGACGGCACCAAACUGUGGACGGGAGGGCUCGACAACACGGUGCGCUGCUGGGACCUCAGAGAGGGGCGCCAGCUCCAGCAGCACGACUUCACCUCACAGGUAAACACACUUUCUGUAAAAUAUACAGAAGAAACAUCCUGAUCAGAAGCUGAAAUUGGAAAAAAGUACCUGUGAAGGGUCUAUGUUAGAGGGGGUUCCUCAUAGUCUUUGGACACUGGUGGCAGGAUCGGCGCCACACUCCUCGACCCUCCUCGAAGUUGUCCUGAUUAUUGAAGGAAAAAGUCCCAAAAUUUUAAAAAUGUCCUUGUAAACCACAAUGACCAACAUGUCCUUGUAAACCACAAAGACCAACAUCAAAAACACACAUUAAAAAAACAUAAUACCAACAUUAAUGGGCCUGUCAAAUAGCAACAUGUCCACAACAUGAGUUAUUAACUGACAGACAUUUUUAGCCAAACACAAACACACAACCUGAAUUACAAAUAUUUACACUAAUACACACAAGAGCAAACAUCAUAGAAAUCAGCUCUCACAUCGCCGCACAGGCACACACACACACACACACACACACACACACACACACACACACACACACACACACACACACACACACACACACACACACAGACAGCUUCUCUUAUUCACUCCUUACUGCCACAACAGAGCUAUAGAGUUGACCACUGUUGUCAGAUGAGUUUCGAUCCACCAUGUAAUGACUUUCUCUCUCCCUCGCUGCCUCUCUGUCUGCCACUUCCUGUCACUCUGCCACCAUUUUCUCUCUCUUUUUUUUCCCCUCCUGUUUAUUAAUUCACUCCAUGUUCGACUCUAUUACAUCGUUUUACUCUUUUCUCCUUUCUUUUUACCAUCUUUCCUCUAUUCCCUUCCCGCUCAUUAUCCUUUUUCUUUAACAUCAUCCCUGCUUCCUUCGAUCCUGCCGGGUCUUUCAUCAAACUUAACUCUUUUCCCUCUGUGCGCUCUGACUCCUCUUCACUUUUUACCUUCCUUUGAUGCGUUUUUGAUUUCCUCCUCCUCUCCCCCGUCCAGAUCUUCUCUCUGGGUUACUGUCCGACAGGCGAGUGGUUGGCUGUGGGAAUGGAGAGCAGUAACGUGGAAGUCCUGCACGUCUCCAAACCUGACAAGUACCAGCUGCACCUUCACGAGAGCUGCGUUCUCUCUCUAAAGUUUGCCUACUGCGGUAUGAAAAACAUGACAAAUAUGUAUUUCUAUUAAACGUUAACACAACUCUCUUAUUAUUUUGAACAAUAAUGACUCUUUUUCCUUUUUAACCCGUGUUACUCUGGUUUUAGGCAAGUGGUUUGUGAGUACAGGAAAAGACAAUCUGUUGAAUGCGUGGAGGACACCAUAUGGAGCCAGUAUUUUUCAGGUGAGGAUGUUUACACUCUAUCCAUAUCAGAGCACAGACACCAACAUAUGUGUGUGUGUCUAUGUAUCAGGGCUGCAGGGUCGUGUACAUGUGUAUAAUAUUGUUGAAGCGUCUCUGCCUCCUGUCCCUCUACCACAUACACGCACAUACACACUCUCUCUCUUACAGACACACUAAACCCUGGAGGCAAAAGAAAGAGAAAGAUGAAGGGAUUCAGAAGGAGAGAGAGUGAAUGAUAAACACUUUUUUUUUACAUUCCUGGUUUGUUGAUCCACGGUGACUUGCAGAGGUUUAUCAGAGAGCGCAGCCUGCCAACACACACACACGCACACACACUCACACUCACACACAUAACACAAAACAAAUAUAAUAAUUCCAUCGUGUUCAAACACUCCAUUUGAGGAAAUGUUGAAUAUGCGAGGAUGCAAUAUUUUUAGCUGAGCCAGUUCAUCUGGGUGUGAAUGAAACUAGCGAAGGGAGUUGAAGGUACAUUUAAGCUGGGAGUCGUGUGUGUGUAUAUGUGUGUGCGUUUGUGUGUUUUGUGUGUGUAUGAGUGGCUGUCGUAUUUUUAUAAGCUACAGUGGGCAGCAGGGUUGGCGGCUCCUGUCUCCCCCGGUGGACUAAAAGGAGAAUGCUGGCUAUCUGCUUUGUUAUCCAAAUGCCAAACGCUUCUCCUGCCAAACAGCUCCCUCCUGUCACUGUGUUAUACAGAGCUGCUCUUUCUCUCUCUUUUCCUCCCUCCCUCUCCUCUCCUCUCCUCUCUGGUUUAUCACUGUCCUCUCCAGCCUCUUUUUCUCCUCUUUUCUUUCUCCUGUUUACUGUUGUCCUUUCUCCCUGACUGUGCUCCCUGUUUUUUAUCUUUCCCACCUGAUCUGUGUGUACCUCUCCCCUCACUGUGUUUCCUCUCUGUCCUUGUCCUUUGGUUUAUCCCUGUCCUUGCUUUCUUCCAUUUUUUGUUAUCUUUUUUUUUUUUUCCUGUACCACCGCUUCACUUUUUUUUCCUCUGUUGUUCAUGCCCCGCCCCCCACCCUGUGGCCUUCUGUACUGCAUACCUCUUUUUUAAUCCAAAUAAGCUUUUUGUCAUCAAACUACUCUAACAGAAUAGUUCUUAUUGCUUUAUACAAUAAAAAAUAUACAUGAAAAAAAAAGAAGAGUUAGGAUAGAAAAGUGUCACAAAAGAAGAUGAAAGGUUGAUAAGAAAAGCUUUCAUUUUUCCUUGAUAUACAACAUAUGUAAUUCAUUCCGGUAUUCCGGCAUAAAAUGAAUUUAGGGUCAAACACGCUGUAACACUGAGUUAGAUAAUGAUCAUUUCUUCAUGGAAAUGCAAUCAGACAGAGACGCGAAGGCAGAAGAACUACAGCGUCUGCAGUGCAAAAUGAUUAAUAUGAUGAUUAUUACUUCAAGGAAAUGAUGAUGUAAUGAUCAUAAAUGUUCUUCCUUGAGCUGCGUCACCCCGCAGCAGUCCGCAAUGGACUGGCCUGAGGUCUCGCUGCAAACAAGCGUCUGCUGGAAGAGAGUAGGUGAGUUGUGUUUAGUCGCUUUGCUAAAGAAAUUAGGAAAAGUUAAAAAGAUGUUUGGUGGCUAGUGCUGUGGCUGGGACCCUAUAUGUACUGUUGAUGAAGAUGGUGCUGUUCUGAGCAUUAUUUGUGGCUAUAAAGUGGCGUUUUGGUUGAGGUUUAUUCAUGGCUCCUCAGACCGCUGUGUAUUGCUAUCAUGCGGUCGUUACUAAAGUUGGUUUAACUAGAGAAGCAAGCGGUCGGCAACAUUCAUCUCUGAAGGGUGUGUCUUAACUCGGUGUCAUGGUGUGUUUGACCCUAACUUAAUUUUACACCGGAGUAUCCCUUUAAUGCAGUUGUCUAUUUGUGAUUCUGGUUAUGUAAGAAUCACUUUCUCCAGUAAGAACUUCACACAUCUUUCUCUUUAAAAGGUCAGACUGUGUCUACAACAUCAAGCUGUUCCUUUUUGUUUUGUUUUUUUGUCCCACUUGAGAAUUAAAGUUGUGUUGUAUUUAUUUAUUUAUUUUUUACAGCGGUCAGGGUUUUGUUUUCUGAUUAGAUAUUUUAACCUUAAGAUUUACAGCUGGUUCUUUGGCUAUGAGUUGUGUAGAAGAGCUUUACAAUCACACUUACUCACUUCCGGCUUUUCAAUCACAAGGGACAGGUUAAUGAAUUUAAGAUAAUGACUUCACAGAGAUGAUGUGAUGGCUUGUUAAAUUAUUGAAUUAUUAUGAUUUGGGGCUUGAGCUCUACAGGAGGUAUACAAGGGACAUUUCACAGCCUCAGGCAAGACACUAAACCCCGAAUUGCUCCUGGUGAUAGAGUCGUAGUUUGUGAAUACUGAUGGACACAGUACAGACUGUCCUCUGAUUGUUAUCAGUUUAAGGAAAUGGUUUGACUGUGAUGAGUCGUGUAAAAGUGCUUUGGAGACGAGACACAGAGCUGUUUAAGUUUGCUCCAUUUACUAAACUGACAGGUAAUAAUAAAACAAAAUAGAAGACAGAUGAGAUCUUAAUGGUUAUCUUCUCAAUCAUGGCAUGCAGAUGCAUGAUAUCCUGUAAUAGUGUUUAGUAUCUUGUUGACUGCAGUUGAAACACACUUUGUCUCUUGAUGGUAUCUGGGACAUCUUACAACGUUUUUUUACAUGUUGCAUGUUGUUUACUUGUUCAAAAACCACGAAGAGAGAGACGAUAUGUCUCUGAUGUUAACUACGAAGGGAAUCAGGAGGGGAAAAUAAGAGGAAAACAUGCCAAAUAAAAAGCCAAUAUUGUGAAAAAUGUAUCCAGAAUCUUAAUAUUUGAAUAAUUACACUCAUAGGUGUGGAGCAUGUUAGUAAACUGACAAGUUUUCUCUUUUUUCUUGUUUGCUUGUUUGUGUCGACGCACCAUCUCUGGCUUUCUUUCAACUCAUAUUUUAGUCUGUCACUGUACCCUCCCCUCUGAACCCCCCUAACACACACACACACACACACACAGACACACACACUUUUUAUCGUGGUACGGUACGAGGGAUCUUGUACGAAAUGGCCUCUCACUGCUGGCCUGAUGAUUGACAGCUCUGUUGUGCCUUUAGCAGGGAGUUAGGGAGGGAGGUAAGUUUAGAGAGGAAAAGGAGGAGGAGGAGGAGGGCUCGACAUGAGAAUUGGGGGCAGAGUGAAUUGGGGAGCCUAAGAGGAUGUAGAAGGGAGAAGAGGAGGAGGAGGAGGAGGAGGAGGGGGAGGAGGAGAGUGUGGGAAGAAAAGAAGGAAGAUAAAUGAUGAUGGAGCAGUGGGAAGCUGAGGAGGAGGAGGGGAGAGGAGGGGGCAUGCAGCAGCAGGAGCUUUAGAUCAUCUAAAGCCAGGUGCCCCGGUCUGCUUUUCACACACACACACACACACACAGGAGGGGAAGAAAGGGAGGGUGGGAAAAGGAGGAUUGUGCAUUUUGCUAGUUCAUACAGACCAUCAGGCUCGUGCAGCUAGUGAUGCUUAAACCUGCAGUUAAUGAGGCUGCACAUCUCCACAGAGAGAGAGAGGGAGAGAGAGAGAGAGAGAGAGAGAGAGAGCAGCUGAGUGAGUCAGCAUCUUGAAGCUGUGCUCUGUCGUCUGUUUGGAAAUAAUUGCCGACUGUUUUGAAAUGCAAAUAUGUCUUGUAUGAUUGAGUAUUAAGUGAUGAGUCAUAUCUUUUUUUUUUACAUCUUUCUCUUUUUGUUUAUUUCUCUCCAUCUGUCUCCACAUAUCUACUAACACUUAUCUUUCUCUCUCUCUCUCUCUCUCCGCUGUUUGUCUCUUGUCCACUCGUAGUCCAAGGAGUCCUCGUCUGUGCUGAGCUGUGACGUCUCCCCAGACGACAAGUACAUAGUGACGGGCUCCGGGGACAAAAAGGCCACGGUGUACGAGGUGGUGUACUGA